AUGGGCCAACGCGGAUCAUCCGUUGCUGCGGACGCAGCAGUUUGUGAAAGAUGCAAUAAAGUGUAAGUUUACAAAGUUGCUUCCUAUCUUUCUUCUGUGAUUUACUGUAACUUUAAAGUCUCGAGCUCUGUUUUUCUCAGAAUUUCCAGACCACCUCGGCUGAGCGAAGAAACAUUCGCUCCAAAAGUUUAAGGAUGUAGAAAAGUACUGUUAUUCGACGAAUAAUUUCAAGCAAGUUCUUAUGUCAACUCGCGUAAAGGAGCCAACAAGGCGAAAUAUAUACGCAUCAUCCAGCCAUAAUCGCAUGGGUUUUGCUCUGCGAAAUUAAUGCACGCCUAUUUUUGAGGUCUUACUGCGAAGUAAGCUGUAACAUUUACGGACAAAAUGCAUACGUCUAAGUCGUAUGAGGCUGCAAUAAUAGAAAUGUAAGUAUGGUCAUCAAAUUCUCGAUGUACAAUUAUCAAUAAAAAGAGAAACCUCCGCUUGUCUGUUUACAGUAGGUGGGUUAAAUCAUGAAAUGUCAACUGAGAUUCCAAAAUACGUAUUCUUUUCGAAAAAAACAAUUAUGUAGGGCUGUGAUACUAAUCAGUCUGCAUCCUAAUUAUAUAGUAAUUCAAUUACCUUAUGAUGUCGACUUUCGAAGGACCCUUCUUUCGGUUUCAUGCAGGAAAUACACUCAGUAAAAUAAGGACUACCAAUGUUGAAUGAAUUUUUCUCAUUGAUUUUCGAUGUCCCUAAAUGUCUAUUUAUAUUUCAUGGAAGAUAGACAUAAACAUAUUUUUCCUUUCGCCCAUUCGGUUGAAAGUUGCGUCUCGUUUCAAUCUUUUACUCAAAAUAUGGGCAUAAUUCGGUUUUGAAAAAGAUUCUAGCUGUGAAGCUUUUAGAACCGUGCAAAGGCCGUUUAUAAAACGUAAUGUCUCCGCAUUUAACAAUGUGGCUGGUAAAGUUAAGCAUAUGGAUCAGAUCCAGUGUUACAUUUUAUGAAAGCUUUGUAGUGUCCUUUUAGUAUCGUAGAGAAAUGUGUGAUUUUCCGUACGCGGAAAAUGUACGGUUUGUAGUUUGGAAACCGCGAAUCCAAGUGUAACGGCAGAAUGGGUUCACAAUUAUUGGGGAAUUUGAGACGUUUUUGAAAAGCGAAUAUUACACUUCCUUUGUGUACCACAUUGGAAAAAGACGUAAUUUCUUGCCGAAUGAAUGAAAGAAUGAAUAUUUGUGUGCAUAUUUUACAUGAAAUAUGAUUGAUCAUAUAGGUUCAUCGAAAAUCGAUGAUAAAACUUCAUGCAAGAUACGCAAUCACUUUUUACAGAGUGUCGUUUUCGCCUACAUCCGUCGGGAAGUUCACUCGAAAACCGCCAUUGUGAGGUAACUGAAUUAUUAUAGAAUUUUGCUGCAGGCUGAUCAGUUUCACAAUCCUAUUUGAUCAAUCUUUUUGAAACGAAAACGCAUUUCAGAAUUACGGUUGACAUUUCAUGAAUAAGUCCACUUACUGUAUCUUGGGUUUCAAACGUUUGUCAGAAUUUUUAUUAUUUAACCCGCUCCCCGAUGGUGUUGCGAACCGGAGUGUAAACGAGAAUCAUUCGCCUAUACAUCAACAUCACCACAACAGUUAGACAGGUGUCCGCGUCCAGGACGUUUCAAAUUCCAUUUUCACAGCGCAAUCUGUGCCCAUGGGCAAGGCAAAGCAAGAAUAUAAAUAGAACUGAUUGUGGGUCGGCGACAUUGGGUCUGCUUGCGAUCGUCUUUUCAGGAGUGUAUUGGUUGAUCAGGGCACCAGAGUCGAGGUAGGAACAAAUAAAAAUGGAACCUCCAAAGACUAAAAUGCUCGCAGCAUACAGAAUACUUCUAAACGUUGUUCAGAUAAAAGCGCAUAUUAAUCCGCAAAGAAAUAGUUAUUUUUUAGUGGUGAAAGUUAGGUCUGUCGCGCAUCUGGGAGGAUGAAAUUUAGUGUGCCAGUAAUGCAUGCUGGCGAAUUGUUAAGGCCCUGAUGAAAAACCUAUUUUCCGAAAUUUUCAUACAUUUUUCCUAACGUACCUGCAGAAGUGUCUGUCAUCUACAUGUGCAAAUAGUUUAAAAGAACAAGCAUGAAGUCAGUCUUUCCAUAAAGAAGGAGAUUUCGUUUUCUUGUUUGUUUAACCAACCGGCUUCCAUUUUGAAAAUGACCAGACAGAGCGAUAAAUCGACUGGUCAGAAAUCAACUUUGUACGACCAUACAACAAGCGUAUUUGUGAGGAACCUCGACGAUAAUCCAGUAGUGAAAGGACGAGGUUUACGGCUGGUGUUCUGCAGUCUUUAAUUUGCUGGCUCUGUGGAUUACAAAGGAACGCAUCCGUGUUGAGUCGGGCCUGCAGUCAAUAAAUUAUGGCCAAUUGCUUGUCAGGCCUAUUUUGUGGAUAGAAUUGGGAGGAUGUCCCUAUAAGCGGCAGAACCGAUAGUGCAAUCCGAAACCUUCCCAUCUACCAGCGUGCGAGGUCUAUUUUGCAAUACGAUAAAACUACUGAACCUCAACAGCAACCACCCAAGCAGCCAGAAACGCAGUUUUGUAUGGACGCUCUAUCGUCAUACCGAAACGCAAUGCAGUGAGCCGGAAGACAAAAUUGCCGAACUACAAUAACUCCGACGGGUAUUCAGAGCCAAUAGCUACCCGCGCAACUUUGUCAACCGGUGUAUGCGCAAAAGGGCCGAAAGGCCAAACCGCACCAAUUCCAUAUUUUGUCGAGCGAAUCUGUCUGCUAAGAACGUUUCGGAAGCUAUCAGCCGCCUUCUCGGGCCACUUGGGUUUGGAGUCGCAUACAGACUGGAGGCAACCGUCAGGUGUCAGGUAAUGAAACCGAAAGACCCGCUGUCAUGACAAGAAACGUCUACAUUCGUUUGUAGGGUCUGGGGAAGUUGCGGGCAAAGCUGCAACGACAGAGAAACCAGCAGGCAGCUCUGAACGCGAAUGGCUGAACACGCUGCAGCGGUGCCGAGAAAUGGUGCCAGCUCUCAAUUUGCGGCUUGCUCGAAGAAAUCUGGCCGCACGUUCAAAUUCGACGAGGCCGAAAUUCUAGUUACAAGUGCCAACCGCGUGAACUGCGAGCUGUUCGGGUGAUGGUUCACUGCCCCCCCAGUCCAUUAACAAGUGCAAUGAACUUCCACUUCCAUACUCGUUGCUGAGACUUCGCCUAGGCGGAGAAAUUAGCCACGCGGGAACCUCACAUGUGGACAUUGCUCCCAACGUCGGGGUCGGUAGGUCUGAUGGUGGGGCAAUCAUCACACCAACAUUCAACGCACGUGAUAAAAUUGCAGCAAUUAACGGCGCGAAUGUCGGCCAUCAAACAGUCAUCACACCAAGUGCAACGAUUGUUGAUGGGGGGAUAGAAGCCAUAAAUAUUGAUAGGUAUUCGGCAGCUUUGCGUCUGCAUCCUGUAAAUAUUGCAACCCCUUAUGCAUGAACCACCCCAUUUCUGUUAUUGUCUCUGAUGAUUGGUUUGAGUAAGAAUCUGAAACGUUAGGCGAAUAAAUUUUUUGUCCCAACGAUCGUAUCUGCUUCAUCACGACGGCUUCCUGGAAAUCGUCUCUUCGCCUCUAUUGUUAAGUUACUUGUUAGUCGUGGAUGAAAACGGGCGAGAAGAAAAUAUUUGCGCAAUUCAUACACUCCUAAAUCGAUGCCGCAAAUAGGAGCGAGCAUUCAAGCUAGAGGUACAUGCACGAGUUGUCGAUUGAAAAGUCACGCAAUUGAUAUUAUCAGUGGGCAUGACUUGUUAGAAAACAACUACCUUCUGUUCUGAUGUUGUCGGCGAAUGCUGACCACUCGAUUCGACAGUGUCAACAUUCCUCAGCCAAAGUGACGGCUACUAGGCUGAGCGCAGGGGAACACCUGCAGAGUUCACACUUACGCGGCCCAGAAGUAAUUAUCACAAUAUCAAAACGCAGUUUCGGUAGCCGCCUGCAAUAGGUGUGACCCGGAUAUCCUGUUUCGUCGUUUACACUCAUUGCAGUGUUGACAGUUUAACUUGGAUUCAUGUCAGUGCCUGUCUAUUCAAGUGGCGACUCGAAGGUUUGCGCAUCAUCAAUUUAAGCAUGUGAAUUCAGAUAUACCACCCCUGACACUUCAAAUUUGCGAUCAGAUUGUAAAUCUCUGGCGUCGAACGAUUACAAAAUAAUGUCUCCGCAGCAUCAAAGUCUCACGACGUUUAGGACGAGCCAAAAACUCACAAACUGCAUCACAAGCGCCUAUAUAUAGUACUCAUCAAAAGGCGAGGGUAGCCAGUGCGUUGAAUUGCUCAAUAUUGAAUUCGAAUCAUGUAGAUCCCUCUGGUAAAAGAAAUAGAUUGCGGACUUAAAUAAGCUUUACUUACACCACUUCGGCUGCUGGUUCAACUGUACUACAUAAAGUGAAGUAAGAAUGAUUGGCAAAGAGCUUGUGGCCCAGUGGCUAGUAGCGGGGACUUCUAACAAACAGGUCGCGAGUCCGAGCCUCGGGUGUUCCACACUUCGGGGUUGGGUAUGACUGGCUGACGACGGCUAUUAAGCCAGAAAUGGCAAUUCUAGUCUCCCUUGUCUUCGUCGGUAAUGCCACUCUGCCUAUAUCAUGCGCCGCUGUGCGACCGCUAUUUGGGCUUGAGAGAAAGCCCAUAAGGCACAACGGGACGAGUGAGUUCCGUAGGAACGAUGGGUGAGCGCCCCCUGCCAUUGUAUAUUCCCGAUCGAAAUCGACAGGGCAACGGGCUCGUGGCCCAGUUGCUAGAGGUGCGGACUUCUAAGUAACAGGUCGAGAGUUCGAGCCUCUGGUGUUCCAAACUUCGGGGUUGGGUAUGACUGGCUGACGACGGCUAUUAAGCCAGAAUUGGCCAUUCCAGUCUCUCUUGUCUUUGUCGGUAAUGCCAUUGGUGACUAUAUUUGCAUAAUGCACAGUGAGCCAGAUUCAUUAUCCUCAACCUGCGCUUCUCUACCCAUUCACUCAUGACUUUGCUUUAUCUAGUCAUAUGAUAUGUGAUUGGUCAGUGGUUAUCCUCGUCGUUGGAUUCUAAUCUCAAUUUGUACAAACGGUUAAUAAGUCAGAAAUGACCAUCCCAUCCUCCCCUUUUUUGUCGGUAUUCUUUAGUAGCCACCUUCGAAGUGUAUGCAGGGGCUCAAGAUUGAGCCCAAAGGCACAAUGUGAUGGGCAUGUACCGUAGCCUGUUUGAUGAACGCUGGUUCAUAGAUGGACAGCUAUCGUUGUAGGCAGUGAUCCUGGGACACAUAAGCGUUUGUAGGAUUUAUACCUUUAUUAAAAUGCCUUUUAAAAAAACACUGAGAUGCCCAUCCACAGAUGCAAUAGUGGUUAUGUAGCUUCUGAGAACAUACGUUACUAGCGCCGGGGCGUUAUACUCCCCGACAUUUUACCCUUGUUAUCCGCGUGAUGUUCAUCUUGCCUAUAAAUUGAUAAAUCUGAAAUGGGUGCCUCGGUCAAACGUUUCUUGAAUCCACAAAAUUCGAGUCGAUGGCGUCAUACCAACUGCAAUUGUCAUCCUUUUUCUGCCUGUAGGUAUAACUUAUAGUUGAUUUGGUUUUCAUCCUCCUGCAUCCGCCAAGUAGACUUCCAAAAAAGAGCAAAAAGUCGAAACGAGACCAUCCUAGCUCCUCGAUACGACCUCGCCAGUUCUGUGAACGUUUCUAUAGGUAAACAGUCGUCUUUCCAUUGUCUACAAACAGGGUGGGGUCCGGGACCCAAAUGGUGAAGCUUGCAUCUCAAUGUAAGUCUGGACUCCGUGGUUAGAACCUGCGUCCGUUAAGUCAGGAGUUCGGAUAUGGGUCGGUGUUAGAUGCGCUCUAAGUCGAGAUGGCCUCUCCUAUGUCCGUCUGCGGUAGCCCAAAAUCGAGUUUCCAAGAUAAACUGAAACACUGCAUUGCGCAAUUAAAGCGCGCGAUACUGUAGAAGCAGAAACUUUAAAAAGAGAUGAACAAAGCUGUACAAAACUCAUCAAACGUUGCUAAUCUCCCCAUUUAAGUGCAAAUUACUGUGUUCUUACGCCCAGUUCCGACAAUGAGGCAGGUUUCCUGCCAUUUUAAUCUCCCUCUAGACCCGCCAUUCCCAACACCAUGGCGUGCGGUCACACCGUUUGCCUCGAGCCCUGCCUUAAUCUGGAAAAUGCGGACCAGACGUCUGCUCAGUGUCCUUUCGGCUGCACUGAGACAAGUGUUACCGAAAUGGAGUCGGGCACGUCUACGCUGUCGUCCCCAGAAGAACCGCCGGCAGUCUGUCCCGAGUGCGAAUCGUCGCAUCCCGCUUCCUGUAAACACAGUUCGAAGGUAAUUUGUUUAAUGGGUAUCAAUUUUUACGAGACCUAAGUGUGUACGAUGUAGUAGAAAAAGAUUAACCACCCUCGUCAUUGAGGGAGGUUUUGUUUUGCUUUGUAAGUCAGUCCGUUUUUGUUUACGCUGAAAAUCGAGUCACAAGGAGUUUCCAUAUACAGAAAAUUUAUUUUUGACUUACGAAAUGUUAAAAGUACAUUGAGGAAAUCUCUGUUUGCAAGAUACUCUCGGUGUGAGCAUUAUUCAAGAGACAAAAACCAGAUUUCUUACAGAUAAACGGAUAAAGGCUGGGAAAUUCACCGAUGAGGCGAUUCUCUCGCAGAUGCUUCAGGUAGAAGCAUAAUAUCGGCUGGAUUUUACGUUGGCGCCUAUGGUGUCAGUACGGUAAGUAAUUAAACGAUAUCAUAGGCGUAUGCCCAUGCGGAGCCUUGUACGACGGAUUUACAAUGGUGUUCACAAGCCGUGUCUGACGUAGUCAUGGUGUUCUCAGUUGGAUAAGCGCGGUACUCGAAUGAGCCGGACUAAAUAUUGACCUUUAAUUACAUUACCAAAAAUUGAUGUAAUCUGUUGAGAAUGAUGAUUCUCCAUUGAUAAUGUGUAAGUGAACUUCUGGUCGGAGCCUCGAAGCUCAAAUUAUGAGGGCAUUGGUUGUACUAUAGCUUUUCCUUUGCUGUCGUUGGUUGGAAUGUCAGCUAGGACUCUGAGGGCUUUGCAUUUGGACUAAAAGCACUCUGUUGAUUAAAUGUUUACGAAGAUGUGCCAACAAUGAUUCUUAAGGAGGUUUGCGAUGCAUAUUGUAUCACAAUUAACUUUCAUCUUAACUUGUCAGUCUCCUGAAUACUAUGUAACUUAUAUUUAUUUCUAAAAGAUUGUUAUCUAAGCGCUUAGUUACUAUAUCGUUGAGAAAAAAGUAACGUAGUCCAACUUUUAAUGUGGGACGACUAAGGACUGUAGCUUGAUCUCGUGUGACUAUAAAAAACAGUGAAUAGACUGGCAAUCAGGCGAAAUGCGCGGUCUAUACUCGGACAUUUUUUGUGAACAGUACGGAGUCAAACAAAAAAAGACAAAACAAAUUUUAGUUGAUUGGCUGUUUCCCACGAAUUGACCAAAAAGAGCCAUAGACGCAUAAAAAGGACGACGAAUAACAGACGUACGCCUAGAAUUGAUUUCCGGUAGCAUUUACCAGUCGAAACUAAAAGUAGCGGAGUGAAUUGUUAAAAUUAUUGGUGCGAAGAAAUAAGCCGUCAAUACUGUAUGUAGUUGGACGCCACCAACAGGACGUAAAACGACUUCUGUAACCAAAAGCGUUCUGUGAAAAUCUCGGUUACUUACGUUGGAAGCGCAUUUGAAAAUUUACUCGUUCAAUGGUUUUCAGUCAGCCAUGGGCAAACGACAAUGUGUCUGUCACCUGGAAAACCCACUGUUAAUUGUGAGGUUAUUGAAAAUUUUCCCAACUUAUAAGUUGGGUAAAUAGUUCAAACUUAUAAACGAAGAUGUAUGCGCACUUUAAAAGUCGCAGUUGUUUGCGUACUUAUUGGAAGAAAAUGUAUGAAAAUGCACAAACGUUUAUGGUGACUUACUUUCGCUUUCUAAACUCAGAAAAUGUUCCUUUCCUAGAGACUUGGCAGCGUUUUGACCUUUGAGCUGUUUGAUUCAUAUUUAUGAAAAUGAUUCUCUGAUCGUGUAGUCAGUUUCAUCCUAUGAAUUCCGAAACUAUACAGGCUCUGUUACCCAGCUGUUAAGGAAUAGGCGAGAUAUUCUUAGAUCACCCAUGUAACGGUUAAUAAAAAUAUCCUGACUUGCUGUUAAUUCAACCAAAACUCAGUGAUUUUUUAUCACGCCGAUCGCAUGAUCCGCAGUCUAUUUUUUGCGUGAAAUGCCGAUUUGAACAAGCUGGUAAGACGAAUUCGGUUAGAUGUGGUUAUGUUGCCCCAUCUGAUGUAAACCAACCCCUAACCACCUGCAAUACGAUACCUGUGGUAAAAGGGUUAUUUAAAGGUGUGACCGAAGUACUUAGAGGCGACCAGGUAAAGUAAUGGUACGUAAAAGAAAAGCUAUUGGUAAUGCGCGUUUGUACUUUGAGCAGUUAAAAAUAGUUGCUCAAACUCCUAACCACUGACAUUACCGACAAAGACAAGGGAGACUGGAAUGGCCAUUUCUGGCUUAUUAGCCGUCGCCAACCAGGCAUACACAAUCCCAAAGUGUGGAACACCGAGAGGGCAACGAGACCGUAGCUAAGUGGUUAGAGACGUUGAACUUCUAUCUAACAGGUCACGAGUUCGAGACUCAAGUGUUCCACACUUCGGGGUUGUGUCUGACUAACUGGCGACGACUAAUAAGCUAGUAAUAGCCCUUACAGUUGACCUUGUCCUUGUCGAAAAAACCAUCCUGACUAUGUCAUACGCCACUGUGCGGCUGCUUGUUGGGCUCGAGAGAGAGAGUGGGCAAGUCAUAACGUCACGAGUGAGUUCCGUAAGAAGGAUCGGUGAGCGCCCACCCACCGCAGUAUUAUGUCAGGCAGGUGGAGCUACAUUACCGCACCUUACCAGCAAUUUAAAUAAUUUAAUUACCGCUACUACGAUGAGCAUCGUCUUAGUCACUUGUAUGUCACAUUGGUUACGCCACUUGACAAGGACAUAGACAAGCAGAUGAGAGUAACUCGGGCGGUGUGCCUUUGACUGGCGUACUUUAAUAACGACGGCACAAAUAACGUUUGUUCAGAAAAAGACUGUAAUUCAUACGGACCGCUGAGAGGAGAGGUCCGUCUACAACUACGAUCUCAUGGUGACCAUGAACUCCCAACUACCCUAUCUGGUCUCUGCUGAUACGGUCAUGAUAGGCAUCAUUGGCCAUUGCCAUUGCAAUGCCAAAAAGGGAAUAAGCAUUAUCGAUUGGCCCAAUUGUCAUUACCGAUCUGAUAGCUUAUUGAAGGCAUAGGAGACGGGCAAAGUUGGUUUCUAUGCUAUGUUGACUGUAUAUUGUGUAUCCGCAGAUCACGGCUAAUUUGCUUCCGGCGUCUUUUAUCAAAAAAUUAUCGGGCUGCAUUUAAGGCCGAGGCCCUCACAAGAGAAUAGACAGUCUUCACACUAAGACUCCUCAGACAUCCCAUGCGGAUACUGGAUUUCAUUUUGGAUUAAGACCCAUGUUUAGGCGGUAGAUAGUCAAGGAUAACCUAAGCUGCUUACGGCGUUGUGUGUAACCCUCUCCGUUUAAACUUUGUUCGGGAGUAAAAGAGGAGCAUUUUAGGAAUAUUUUCGGAAAGUACUGAAUGAAAAAUCGUCCAUGCCGAAUACCUUCAUAUAUUUUUGCCUGCCAGUUCAGCACGGCUGCUGAGGCGUAACUUCCGUCCUAUGCACUGCUUUGUGGAGCCACAGAUGCGAGCCAAGUGUCGGAAAGAAACGAGUAAAUGUACACGUUAGGCUUAUCGAAUCUUCCUUGGGGAAUUUGUGAUGCAUUGCGUAUAGGCACUUAUUUCCAUCCUCUUCAUGCUUGCACUAGCAUGUACAGUAAUCUUUUUGAUGUUCAACAUCCUGCGUGGUAACUGCCGGCAGUGUAGUCCUAAUAAGUUAUUCGGGUCAACGUGAAGUCAUCAACCACCAGUCUCCCGCAUCGGCACCAUCGAAGUGACUAUAGGGCUUCAAUGUAGGUCACUUCACACGACACCUCAAACACCCCAACCUGAGUAACACCAAUGGAAUGAUGGUGUACUAAACAAUAAAAACAAACUGAACACAAGUUAAUUGAAGACAUGGUCGAAUUGCCAUCAAAAAAUAUAUAUAUAUUUGAGCUGGCCUCUAUUUUGGAUGUAUUAGAAACGCAUUACAUGAAUAGCUCCGCUAAGCUAUAACCAGUAUAUUAGUUUGUCUACAAGUCGAAAUCAAAUGAAUGGAACCUAACGGUGUACGUACUGAAAGCCAAUGUUUUGGAUACUAAAAUGAGCAGUCUUAGCAUUUCCAGCAAAUGCAAGAUCUCUUUCGAAAAAAUAAUCGUUUGCGUUUGUACAGUAUACUUUUUAGUUAGAUGUCAUUAAGUUUCAAGUUCUCCUUAUUUGUUCAUCUCCAGAUUUGUUUAGCAUAUCGAUAAAACCACAAAUAUAGAACACAGAUUCCAUUAAUAAUGAAUAUCCCUAUAACUAACAUUACGGAGUUGCUGUAGAAACUUUACUGGUCACAGUCCUUGCCGGCACAUUUAUGGCCAACGCCGAUGACGCUUUGUCAUAACAAAUUAAUGAGGCAACAAUUAAAAUGCCGUCUUUGACGAAUGUGCAGUCUACUAUUUAACCCUUACUGUGCAGAACCUGCAAAAAUAAGGGGCAUGUCAGCUUACUGACUUUUCAGGACCUUUUCAUGUCUUAACAAAAGUAACAUAGACAACUGGUCUUCUGUGCACUUACAUAAGCGUAUAAAUGUCUGCUUUACUUGAGUCUUACACCACACGUACAUUGAUAUUUUCUUAGAGAAAAGAAAGAUAAUUUGCUUAAGCAAAACAGCGAACUUAGUGGUCUAUAAAAACGAGGUUUCUCAAACGGUGCCAUCCAGAAGCACAUCAGUUCACGAAAACGAAUAUGAAAAAAAGUCUGUUCCGAAAAUUGUCCAUCGUAGAAUCAACGAUUUUGAAUAGGUUGCUACCUCUAAUAGGAUUCAACGGAAACCCAGCUGAUAUAUUUAAAUGUCGACUCAGCUAAUACCCACCAGACGUAUUGGAGUCACUUUCGCCGAAGGGACAAAUGAAACCUCGUCUUUUCUCAUCAUUCAGGAUUUUGAGCACAAAUACUAGCAUGAUUACAAUGCAAACUUAGCGGUCAAACAUAGAAACAAAUGAUUGGUCGACCACAUGAACACCUGUUGACAUGUGUUUUGAGUUAAGAAGAAAAUACCGCUCUAGCUUCAUUAUGAGGUGAUUUCUGGGCAGUCGAUAUCCCACAAACCCAAAAGUACCAUUUCAAACGCGGAUUGGGCGCAAACCACUGGGGCAAAACGCUGCUUGAUGACAGCUUACAAACGCAUGGGAAACAUAUAAAGUGUGGACUCAGCUACAACCCUCGGAAAAUCUAGUCUUGUUCUCGAAAUCUUUGCUAAUUUAAAUUGUACAUCUGUCUUUGGCGUUGCUCAGAGAUAAAGAUUUCGGUCACUUCGGACUCAAUCGAUCUAAUCGCUCGACUGGUUGUCAACAAUGCCUUCAUCGUCCACAGAAUUUUGUUUUGAUGAUUGUGCAAGAGUUGCGGACGGGAAGUGGGGAUUAAGGAACUGGCCGAUCAGCGCAAUUACAGUAGGUGGCCUAUCUCAUGAAAUAUCAGUUGAAAUUCCGAAAUUCGACUUCAUUUUGAAAAACAAAUUAAUUUGGUAGGGGUGCGAAAUGAAUCGUCAUGCGGAAUAUUUCUGUAAUAAAGCUACCUAAAGAUACUGGCUUUUGAACGGACGUCUUUCCAGCGGCAUGCAAAAACUAUACUCUGUAAAAAAUGACUACUUAUGUAGGAUGCACGUUUCUCAGUGAGUUACGCUGCCCUUAUAAAUUCAAUCAGAUUACAUGGAAAACAUGAAUAAACGUAUUCAUUCUUUUGCUGAUUUGGUAGAAAAUAUCGUCUUCUUCCAAUUUUUAUUCUUAAAGAAAGACCUUAAUUUGGUUUUCGAAAACCUUUCCAAUUCUCGAAUAAUUUUUAACCCGACCUGCCGUUGCACUUUCAUUCGGGAUUUUCAGACUACAUGCCGCAUAUUUUCCGCGUUUUUUCCAUGAAAUGCAUUAAAUUCAUAAGAGCAUAGAAAAUCAGUGUGACAAAUGCAUGUUAAUUAAGUGGUCAUUUUACAAAGUAUAGGUUUUUAUGCAGCCGAAUGGACGUUCAUUCAAAAUCCGGGAUCUCAAGGUAACUAAGCCAGCAAGGAAUUAUGCUGCACGAUGAUUCGUUUUACAACCCUACUUAAUUAAUAUUUUCGAUGUAAAAACGCGUUUCAGAAUGUCAGUUGACAUUUUAUUAGUUAGUCUACGUACAGUAUUUAUUUGUUGACCCUUUUCUGCUUGUACAGGAGUGCACCCUCAGAGAUAAAUUGAGCGGCAAGUCGGGCAACAAUUAUAAGCGGUAGAUUCCAAACCUCAGUGUGGAGUUCUUUGGACAGGUCUCUCUAUGCCAGUGCCGCAUGGACACAUUAUUUGAACGAGUUCUCAUGUGAGACUCAGGCUAUAACUAAUUCUCGGCUUGUCUUUUGGCGGCGUGUGCUGCUGACUGCGAUCUUUACUUCCUGAUCUGUUUUUAAAGUUUGGACAAUUAGUUGUGCAAAUUUGUCAGCCUGUCACACAAUCAGUCUAUUUUACCGCAUACGGCAUCCUAACAUGCGUUCGGCCCGACCUAUGUAAUUGCACGGACAAUGUAGGCACGGAAAACAAUACACUAAACGCGAAUUUUUACUGAUACUUUAUCUAUCGUGCUGUGGAUAUUUCAGAGUGCUACCGACAGAUAUACGAAUGAAGUCUUUAUGGCGAUCACCUGAAAACAUAGUUACUUUUGUAACUCUUUAAAUGUGCCCGCAUUUGCGGAACGUAGCAAACUGAUCGCAAAUCACCAAACGGUAUCAGAUCAAAUCAAUGAAUGCAUUAUUAAAGGCUUUAGGCAACUAAAAACGCAAAAGGAAUAAUGAAAUUAGUAUUAAGUUACUUAGAAAAAAACCAUAUUUUUGGAAAACUAGAAAAGCGAAAAUUACUGUGACUGAAUAAAUGAAAGUUUUGAGGUCCACAGGAAGUCAGUCUAUGCAGACAAACGAGCAAAGAAGACACCAUAAUUUGAAACACUUUUGCAGAAAUUCCCUUAGUGGUUUUUUUUGUGUAUUCUUCCGAGUUAAGUGGGAUUACAAGUAUGGUUGUCAGCAAACAGCCUGCAGCUCGAGUAAAGUUUCCGAAAAUAUGUUUCGUUUACAUAUUGUUUAAGAUUUAACUGGAUAAAUUAGGCGGGAAUUCUCUGGGGACUGCCGAUAAAGAAGUCACGGGAAUAAAUAUUUUUACAAUGCCACGUUUUGAGAAGCCGGCGAGUAACUACUGCAUUUGUACAGAACUAGAUGAUGCAAUCCUAAAUAUAACAUUUGUAGAAUGCAUUUUCUGCCGUUUAAUUUUUCACAGGUUUUUUGCUGAAUAUUUCAUAACAUUUAAUGUUUCCAGUCGACUGCUCAUUAGGACAGAUUUUUUGAACACUUUGUCUUUACUGAAAGUACUAACCAAAAAAUGAGUAGUUAGACAUUUUGCCUAAUACAAACUAUCAGUAAAAUGAUAUUUUUCAGAUCAUCUAAACAGAAAACAUAAUCGCCAAGAAAAAAUGAAUGCGCGCAGAAUGAACAAGCGCUAAUUACCUUUUAGAUCAAUUGACGAAUAUGGUGAAAUUUCUACAACAUAAACCACUUUCUCACCAAACUGGAGCCGACUUUGCUAACAUGGCCUGUUUUACGGUUUCAUUGUACCAUUGUAAAUCAUAAGAGGGUAACUUUACAGAUGCAGUAUAUUACGAAACCUGGUAGUCUUUGAUCGUUCGGUUUCCUAUUUAUGAAACGGCAGAGGCCAGACCAUCUGAAAUGAGUAACGCGGAAUGAUCAAAUUCCACAAAGCCAUUUCGUGCAGGGCGUCUUUCGCGGCAAAUGACUAAAUAUUCGCAGACAACAGGCAGGUGUUGGGCCACGAAGAAAAAGACUGCCUGUAGACGUUUUUACUGCUUCUUAGGGCAAGAAAUGACAUAGGUUUGAAAACCCGACUUUUCAAAAUCGAUCAGACGUCUGGUUUUUUAAAGCAAACCUUCUGCUCGGACCUCGAUCCAUCUGAUUUGAGUGACAAAAAGCCAACUUUAAGCGUGCCAAGUUCAGUUUGGUAAGACACUCGAGUUUAGCUUACUCGCCUAUAGUGGAAAAACAACAAACAAGAAUGUGCCCACUUAUUUUAGAACAGCUUUUAGUCCGCAAAACUGCCUGAAUGGAAAUUUACGUAAAUUGCAGUUAAUAUUUUCAGAUAUUUUUCGUUGAAUGGUAUAUAUACAACCAAAAUCUGCGUUCACGGAAGGUAUAUUUUGGGAUAGACUAGACGACUAAAUAAAAUGUGUGGUAUUUUAGUAUCUACGCCUGAUCACCGCAGUGUAUGUCAUCACGAUUUAGGAGUGUGGUAACAUACCGUACUUCUUAUCUGAACAUACUAAUGGUAAAACUACAUAUUUUAAAUAUUGUAAAAUGCAUUUUAGUCCUAAAUACUAUGCGCAGAUGCGUAACAUUUUCUCAACGUCGGAAGGCUGAACAGAGUUUGCUAGUGAGGGGGAGAAGGAGUGAGAGAAAUAAUCUCGGGAAAUCCAAUUCCACUUAAAUGGUGUACGUUUUAAAAUUCGACUGGACUAUGCUACAUAGCAACCUCUUCCUCCCAGACCGGAACUUUGUGCUGGCAGAUCAGAAUUUAUCAAACCGCUGUUUUGGCAUUUGGUCGAUGUUUGGCGUGCUUUACAAGCCGUAUGAAAGUCCAUAGAUCAGUGUUUAUGCUGAUGGGGAUGAAUAGUUCUGCAUAUCAUUCUACGCAGUCUUAAAUGGUCACUCCCUCACGGACAGCAUUAGGAUAGAGUUUUCGUUCGGUUUUACCGACGUAGUUGCAAUACCAAUCAUGGAAAUGUAUUCUACAGGCAAAUGCAGAGUUACGGUCAGUCCUUGGGUUAAAUUAAACGGUGGCAAAUUACCGCCUGCGCUCAAUGAUCUCUGUCUACGCUGACGUGUGGUUUCCGCCCAGAAACGGCGUUGGAGACUGUCUUAAUAAGAUGAAUGUCUAUCUAACUUCCUCACUCCUGCUCCUUUUCUCGGCGCUGGCUAUGCCAAAACAGUCACUGAAUAUCCCCUGGUUCUUAAAAAUUUAUGAAGGUGGGGUCACUUAGUCUCCGGGCGUCCCGCAGUAUGUUACAUCAUUUGUGGUGCAGACAAAGGGCAAAAUUGAUCUCCAAAGUCCUCUUUCGUAGUUAAUUUGCAUUUUCACAAUCACAACUUUUUGUGCUUCGGAAGCAUUUAUUCGAAUAGGCUCUACAUCAUAAACGUCCGUUUAAUUAGAGGAGAACAUUUACAAAGCAAACAUAUAAUGCUUUAGCCCGUGUACUUCCACACUCGGUGCUGAGACUUUGCCUUGGCGGAGUCAUUAACCACACGGUGAGCGCACAGGUGAACACUCUUCUUAACGCCAGGAUCGGUGAUUCAGUUGGUCGAGCAAUCAUUACACCAACAUCCAACACACGUGAUGAAAGUAUAGCAAUUACCGGCGCGAAUGUCGGCCAUCAAAAAGGCAUCACAUUAAGUACAACGAUCCCUGGUGAAUGGGGCGGGAGCCACGGUGGCAUGGCGACAGCAUUCUAUAAAUACUGCAGCCGCUUGUGCGUGAGCCACCCUUAUAUGCUUUCGUCUCAGAUGAUGGGUUCGAGGAGGAAUCCAAAACGUCAGGCUAAUAAAGCUCUUGUUCCACCGACCGUGUCUCCUCCUUUACGAGUGCUUCCUGGGACUCGUCCUUUCUCACCGACAACGGUUAAAAGUAACUGCAAAUCAGUCGAUUUCUUCAAGUUAAACAUAUCUUCUUUUUCUUAUGAUCUGUUUUGUUGCAAAGUGACUCGUUUAAAUGCCAGUUAUUAAGUGCCGUUUUGGCAGGGACAGAUUUCAGACGCACCAUGCUUCAAAUGACCUGAAAUAUUUAGUAGUCAGAAGACAAAGUGGCGAGCGAACGUUGUUUUCGAUAACUUCUCGUCAGGCCAGAACGGUUAUAUAGGACGGGGUAAAGUGCGGGAAAGAAUCAAUGAAAGUUCGUUUUUAAAAUACAGGCUAGGCAAGAACGAAAGGACUCUGAAAGUUGUAUGCUGUUCGUCCACCUUUCAUUACGGUAAGCGCGGAGCUUGAACGAGGUUCUUCUGGGCGAAUUGCGUCGGUUUUCCUAACCUGAUGGCAGCAGCUUCUGUUGUUGUUAACAGGCGCUGGCCCAGUAGCUUAGGGUAACACGAGGAGACCUAAUAAAUCAUACCAAAUGCCUCAGCUGGUCUACACAAUGUCCUGAAUCCAUUGCAUGCGCACGGAUGGCGCUGUCUGUGCUCCUAGUUUCACCUUUUGCCAUCCAUGCGGGAAGGUGUCCUCGUAUUCUUUUGAAAAGGCACGGACUCGUACGUCCUUUAAAGAAUGGCCAGAGAUCUUCAGUUUAUUUAAUGGAAGAAGGCUUUAAAUAAGGCUUAUUUUUGCAAACGUUCUAAAACUGCUCAUAUACAUUGCAUAAAGACAUUUUUUGUUAAAAUAAAGUGGCUGCGCAGAACGAACUAUACUAUCAUAAAUAAAGGGGAUAGAAUGUCAUAAGCAUCCUGUUUGCCUGCAGUCGUUUUAGUUAGAUAAUUUUGAACUUCGUCAUACACAUGCUAUCUGAAGGGAAUUAAAUUUGUCAUCAUAAUAUUUUACUAAGGAAAAUGGCUUUGAGGAAUAACUUAAUGAAAUCAAAACAAGUGAAGUUUUAAACGCCAAAACCCUACUACACUCGUUAUUGACCCUUCAUGGAUUUCAAAAUUUCAUGUUGUUUUAGUGGUCUGAAUUUCAUCUCCUCUUCUACUCAUACCUGGGGGAUGCGGUCUUGCAUACAGUCGUACGCAGGUCAACCUUUGGCGGAAACAAUUGAUAGACUGCGUAAAGAACACCAUAUUUUGGUCAGCCAGAGCCUUCAAUCGAAUGAUUCUAAACGCCAAAUCUUUACUGUUGAAGUACUGUAAAUAUGGAGAGUCCACCAUUUUCAGUACGCUUUUGCAGUAGGAUCUGUAAGCUAGACGUUAAGCUAAAUGUUUUGUCAGUCAUCAAUUACAACUGCUAUUUGCAUGAUAAGAGUCUUGUUACGGAGUUUCUGAAAGAACAUACUAGAACGUGCUCCCUAAGAAAUCAGAUAUCAUAAUACAACUAAUUAUUGUGGGACAGGCUUUAUAACCCUUUUCUUAAACACGUGGCACACAAUUCGUGUGCGUGUUUGGUGCUCUAGGCGUGCCACACUGGGAAGAGAGGAGCCUUUAGGAUAUUUAGCCCAUUGACUGUAGCUUAUAAAAAUUAAAAAACAAGGAUUAUGACGACGUCCCGUAUUCGAUACCAAGAAUAAACAGUAUAUUUAACUUAUUUUUAAGGUGAGCCGAUAUUUUUGAAAUCCAUGGUAUCGUCAUAUCACCACUGCAAAUUACGACAAAACACAUUUUAAUCCGGAAAAGAGCAUGUAUGCAGGACACUUGGCGUGAGGCUGACCAGUUUGGAGAUUGAGAAGCAGAAAGCCAAUCUACCGUAGAUUUUAUGUUCAGACGGCUAGUUAUCCAAUCAAGGAACUUUAAUAUGAUUGAUUAAUUUUAAUGAAUUGGCAAUAAGUAUAAAUUCUGUCCUCCUUGUGUUUGUUUAUAAGGUUUUAUUUGUCCUGAGUGUAAGGGCUUCUGCAAGACAUAAACAUCGACAAAACAUAAGCCACCAAGAAAUGGUUUUGUACUCCUUUUUACGACCAAAAUCGAACGCGCGACCUAUGAGGGCAGGUGUGGCUUGUCGUUUGUCUUUGUUAGCUUACUCAAAAUUCAAUCUUCAGACUUAAUGUAAACCUAUCCUUUUGUUAUGGCGAUUCAGUAAGUAUUGGGUAAAGCUGCAGAAGUCUGUUGUCUAAGCCCCUAUCAUCUAACCUUCAGCUCGAUAAUUCCAAUGAGGACAUCCCAUGUUCCAUAAUCCCGAAUCCUCUCCAUGUUUACAAAAAUGGCAACCAUACCCUAUGUUCGUCUACCCGCAGGAAAGUGUCUGAUAAAAUAUUAUACGGGACCUUUGCAUGUCAAACUAAUCUUCUACCGCUAGCCGAAUAAUAUGAUUGGACUUCAUGUCAAGAGUGUAAAAGUCUUCCGUUUUGUGGGGAAAGGUGAAUGCAGUUUCCAGCAUGACUAAUAAAUGCGAAAUUGAAAAUAUCAGCGUAAAAAGUGGGAAUGUCAUUAAUUUUUAACGCGUUAUUUUUUCAUUUAAAGGCGAUUGCAGUCUACUCAAGUUGGUCUAAACAGUUAAAGGUUAAUCGUAUCAAUUUGAUUCGGGACAUGACCCUACUAACGUACAGGCUUUCUUGCCAACGCUGUCAGAAGGCCUACAAGCCAGAGCAUACUGUUAAUCGACCCAGAAUGUCAACAACGGAAGAUAUGAAUAAUUAGAACCUUUCUGCUUUCUAUAAAAGACUACGUGAAACUUGCAUUAAAACAUGACUAAUAGUGAUAUUCUAGGGGGCUUCAGGGUCGAGAACAUGAUAUAAAAUCGAUUAUUUUCGAAAUUAUACCUACUGCGUUCUUUGGAAUAAAACCUAAGAAAGGACCACAAUGGUGCAGGUGGUUGUUAUUUCAUAAACAUUACAAUAAGGGCCUUUGUCCCCACAAUCCCAAACAAUAAAUGAUUAGAAAGGUUUAUAAUAACUGUGUGUUCCUACUGCUUAAAUCCACCAGGUCUUGCAUACUUUCUUUCACCUUUUAGAUAACAAGUAAAACGGCUGAAAAUUCUAAACGCUGCCUAACGAACUGCCUUGGAAAUGCGGACAAGAACGCCGACAGGUCGAAAUGUUACAGAAGGCUGGUUCUUGCAGUGGUGGCAGUUGCAAUCUUUCUAGACAACGUGCUUCUCAGUUCUGUAGGUAAGAAACCUUCUUCCACUUUUACGUGAUAACUUUAGCCUAUGUCUCCUGUGGGACAAACCAUAAAGGCUAAAGCACAUCGUGUUAGGGCGGACAUCGUGUUGCUUGUUUUUUUCCUGUGAAUAUCAGGCGAUCACACUUGUAGCUCGAAACAAAACUUCCAGCCGUCAGCUACUGGCCAGAUUGAGCCUACACCGUAAAAGAGUCACAGACAUGUUGCGUUCGAGCACAACGCAAAUCAGCUUUUUAAGGCAAUCAUUUUUGUACUGUGAUGAUUCUUUUUGAGUCCUCGACUUACAGUCAUUGACCGAUCGGUAAGAUGAUAGUUGGUAGCCGUGGCCACAGACUCCACAACGGUACCCACUGGCUCGAUUUCAGUAACUGUGAUUGCGUUCGCAUUAUGCUUCUUAAUUCACGCGCGCGCUGUAUUACCUGUAUCAGAUUCAUUUUAGAGGUGCUAUCCUGGGCAGAUUUGCACCGGUAACGAUGACAAUGAGGCUUAUCCCAUAUCAACUUUCAUUAGAAGAGGUAGUUGGCAGGCGUGCCCACAGAAUCCACAAUUGUACCUACUGGCUUAAUUUCAGUAGCUAUGAUUACAUUCCCAUUAUGCUUCUAAAUUUACGCGCGCGCUGUAUUACCUAUACCAGAUUCAUUGUGGAGGUACUAUCCUGGACGGAUUGGCACCGGUAACGAUGACAAUAAGGCUUUCCCUACAUCGACUUGCAUAAGAAGAGGUAGCUUUUGACUGCCUCAUUCAUUGUAGAGGUACUAUCUUGGGCGGAUUGGCACCGGUAACGAUGACAAUGAGGCUUAUCCUUUAUCAACUUUCCUUAGCAGAGGUAGCUUUCGACUGCCUCAUUAUUUACGGAUUUUCUCUUCCGCCAAAACCAAUUUUUCGCAUAAAAGUCUUACCUUGCUUGCUUUGUGGCGUCCCGCGUGCCGCUGCUUGACUCUCAUGUUCUUCUGUCCAUUAUGUUGGAUGGAGUUCUAUCGAACAUACUGCGGAAUGACCUUCGGACCAGUUGCCAUCUUCCAUUGAUUGUUCGCCUUCACUUGCUUUUCUUUCCAAUCUGAGGCUAGGAUGCAUUUAUUCCGCACACCGUUCAAAGUCUCCUUGCUCAUUUCCAUACCUUCCUUGUAUUUUUCACCUAAUCUAAAUUAGGCUUCCACUUUACCUGUAGCGUCAAUUCCUAGCAUAUACUACAAUCGCCAUUUACCCGUCCACUCAAUUGUCCACACCCGUAUAGCCCCUAUUACCACCGGUCCCGAUUGACAGGCAGCUGGGAGUUUGCGGUGUCAGGAGGGAUACCAAGUAUCAUCUAACCAACUACUAUGCAUGUUUUUAUAUUGAUUUUAGAUGCCUUCAUAAAUUUUACCUAAUUUUGUAAAUAUGUGGACAAAAACGCCCUUUUCAUCCUUAUUUGGUAGUUCGUCAGUGUUUCGCGGAUUUUAUACUCUUAACAAGUGUCAUUCUGUUUCGAAAAUUUUAAAUUAUGCGAUUUUAUAAGAUCGUAUAACGUCAACCCGACUAAAAUCGCAUAUGUAUGUUUAAUAAUGCGUCUUAGUGUGUUUACGACAUAGUCCGAAUUCCUUGAAACUCUUUUUAAUGUUAACGUACAUGAGAAUGUAUUUUUCUUUACACUAAAACUAGGCAGUAUCUUGACCGAAAACCCUAAACGAAAACGCAUAAUAAAGUCGAGUCCAGAGUCAUGCGCGCAUUGUAAAAUCUUUCUCCGAACCAAAAUACCCUUUUUCGAGUAUACACUUUGGGGGUGACGUGGUUUCCAACCAGACAAACACGGGCAUUAAUUUUUGGACAGAUAUUUACGCAGAAUAUAUUCAAGUCUACAAGGGCAAUAGCAGAGACAAUGCAUACGUUUAAUUGAUCAUUUUUAACUAAUUUGGCUUUUAAACCUGACCGAGCAGAUUGCAUCCAAAAAACCAACAUCCUGACGUGUUCAAAAUAUUGUUCGAUGAUGUCGCACGAUACCCACGAUUGCAGUCCUAAUUAAGGAAUCGCUGAGAACAGAAAACGCAUUGCACACAGUUUCGGUUAACAGUUUAUGACAUGGGUCACUGGCUGUAAGCUAUGCACGUUUGUGGAAAUACCAUAGGCAGAUGCUUACGUCACACCAGUUACUGCGCACAACUUUAUCCUUAGUCUGCUUAUCUCGAGUGCAACAACGGUGCCCAAAAGAAGGGAGAUAGUGCAAAAUAGGUUUCAGAUACAUAAUAAUAUGCACUCGCUUGACCAAGACGUUUUUCAAAUUGACGUUUCGCAUUUUCGUUCGAACUUGUCGAAAGUGAUGUGGUCGACAAGACAAAGAUUCCAAAUCAAAAGUCAGGGAAGACGGAGUGAGUUGGACAACCUUGACUGUUUUGGAGGUGCGUAUACUAAGGCUCUGUGGGCAGUCGCCGUGAGCGCGCUCUCCAGGCAAGUUGUUAUCUGUGUCCGCCUUCGGGGUGCUCAGACCCAGCGCGUGUGUGCGCCUUUCGUUAUAUCCGCAUCCGCCAGCCAAUCAGAAGGGGGACAGCGUUGAUUGGCCUGUAGCACUCGCGAGGUUAGUGACAAGCCUCGCGCGUCCCAGCAGCAUACCGACAAGGAGUGGGAGGCGGACAGGAAAGCAGCAUGGUGAGGCGGAGGGCAAGCAGACGCGAUCUGCCACAAACUCAUCAGCAGAGACGGUCGCCAAUAAGUGUGAUGGAGGUGCAAUGAGCUCAGUCCUUGUUAGACGGAAAGGGGGGAAAAUGCAAGAGAGGUCGGUCUCACGUAAAACGAAAAAAGAUGCGAUCGCUAGAACUAGGAGAUUGUCGGCGUAACAUUUCGAAUUCUUACUCGACAUCUUCCUCACAUGCAGUUGCCGAUAAGGGUAAUGGAGAGACAAUGGGCUCAGUCUUCAAUAGAAUGAAACUGACACAGCCAUUUGCCUAAAAUACUUAGCAGCACGUGAACCCACCGCCCGAGUACAUAUCUGAUGUGGCGAUUGCUUGUUAGUCCGCACCCGAGCCUGAAGGUCGUCUAGAGGAGGAACUUCAGGAGUUGAAGGAGACGAAUCUCUUUCUCACCAACUUUGCUUUGCAUAAGUAGUUAGAUGGUCUCAAUCGUCGAAUCCUGAAGGAUAUAUGCAGCAGGUUACAUGGCAUUAAAAUGCCAUGAAAUCAUUUAGCUAGAGACAUAUCUUUGUAAGCUUCUCCAAGCAUUGUGUUACCAGGCUUGCUUUGGUCAGAAAAUUAAGAUAUCAGCCUGGCGUUUGUAAGUCGGAGUGUCUUACGUGAUGCUAUGGGUCGAAGAGAAGAGUUGUCUCUGUGUGUACGAUGGCAGGUCCACCAGAAGGCCAUUUAUUAUGCACUCAUGGUUUGUUGAUCGCUGUAUUGCAUCUUAAAACUGCACUUCGAAGAACUUCAAAUUCAAUUCGCAAGCCAGCGUUUUUUAUGACAAUGGAUUUACAUGCGACAUGGCACUGACAAUGAUCAAAUAAGCGUUCAGCUUUUCUAUAGAUGCCUGUACGACAGUUUAACACCUACUGUUCGUGCACCCGACAACGAAAUCUUUGUUCACACCUGGGAUGAACGCGUGUGCUACUGACCAUUGUAGACAUGCGGUUCCAUGUAUUCUGCGUCCCUUAUGCCUCCAUUACUUUGUCGGCACAUGCCACCCAUGUCCGGUUAAAAUGAGGACCCGUAACGCCAAGCUCAUUAACUUCCAGUCUCAGCGGUAUAUCAUCUGCUUCUAAAUUACUUCUUGGAUAACGUAUAUUGGCUUAUAUCGGCGUUCUAAUUAUAUUAAUACUGUAUAUUAACUGUACUUGGUCUCUAAGGCAGCCAAGAUCUUAUCUGUCCUUUAUGUCAUCGCUCAUGGCAUUUCCCAGACGGAUAGUCAGCAGGCUUAAGUCAGUCUGCUUAAAAUAUUACCGGUUUUCAUUUAACUGUAAGCCAGCGUAAUAGGAAUAAUAUCGCAGCUUACGUAUCGGUCCGAUGGGCAUCUGAGUUUUAGGCCAGGACUUUCACAGCGAAUGGGAUCUUGCCUCCUGAGCCAGUCCAACAGCUUAAUGCUUAUCACGUUUCGGCUGUCUUAUCAGUUUCAUCUCCCAAAGAAUAUCGAGGACGCGGAUUCAUUUUCUGGUUCUUUGAGUUCCUUUCGCAGAUGACCAACCUGUUUCCGAUCCGCGGAGAUUCUCUCUCAAGGGAACCUCGAUCACCAGCAUAAAUGCCAUUGUUGUAAAUUUGGCAGGUGUUGAAUCACAGGUCAUGGGAGAGAGCAGAACCGUCAAAAGCAGGAAAUGUGCAGCGCAGAAGGUCACCAUUGCUAUUGUACUCGUUUUAGACGGGCCAUUAAAUUUUUGUGCGAUCCCUGACAGUUGCGAUAUCAAGUAUAAGAGCACUGUCACAGUACAAUUUUCCUGCGGCAAACCACCGAUAAGGCAAACAAAAGUAAUAUCGUCACUUGUUGCCGGAAACGAACUUGAAAUAUAAAUCCGUCCCUGAGUAGCUACAUUGCAAUCAGAUCAGUUUAAUUAGAAAAAUCAGAAAAUGGCGUGAAAUUUGAUAGGUCUCGAUAAACUUAGCUAAGUAUUAAUGAGACUAUUAAGUAACUUCAGGGAGCAGCAGUAAGGUUUAUAAAUCGGGUAUUUAGAUGCUCCACUGAAACCGUUAGGAGAUGCGUUAUCCAUGGUAAAAUGCUGUGUUUAACAUCUUAAGUUCACUAAUCGGUUUGGUGAUUCUGAAAAAAGGGAAAAUAAACCUGCCGCGUUAAAUCCGCAUGCUAAUGGAACACCAAAGUAAAUGUUGCUGUUACUAAAUCUUGGAAUAAAUUGUUUAUUUAACAGAUAUAUUUUGAGCAAGGGGAAGUUGUAGCCUAGUUGUCUUAAGAACUGUUUCUGACAACGGUCUUUAAGCAAUUGGUAGAUAUUUUCCACUGUAUUCAAAUAUCAUCAGCUCACAGUAUUUUGAGUAAUGUGUAAAGGACAACAUUAGAAAAGACAUUUGAACAAAACAGCUUGUAUGAUUGCAACCAGUUUGUGUUCUGAUGGCUUCCUCCCACAAAAAAUAUGCCGAGCAAAACAAAAUAGCUAACGUUCCCUUUUUUUAAAAUCUGCUAUUAUCUAGCAGAGAAACAAGUAUUAGUUAAAAUAGGUGAAAUUAUGAGGACGAAUAUCAUCGCAUGUAACUUUGUUCGUAAAAUAAUUUCGUCACUAGAGCUCACUCUUCUAGACCAGAUGUUUCGAGAUAGACCGAAACGUCCUUUAAGCGUUCUGAGGGGAUUGCAGCCAGUUUAGAGAUAAAAACAAAAUAUAAGUUUAAACAUGCAUUGUGAACGCUGUUCGACCCACUACAGAGGUGAGACCAUCAGAGUUAUGUUGAACAGUCAGAUACAACUAUCUAAAUAACCCAGACACCUUACUACUACCUAUAUUGUCAUGAUGAUGCAAUCGCUCUCCUUCAAGAAUUUCGAACAUUUUUGUAUACGAAUAAAUUGCCUCUGCCCCUCUAAAUUGUAGCCUCAGCCAUAUCUGUCGUUUGGUCCGACCACAAUAAAUAAUCACCGGAGCAUUAUCUUGCAUACUAGCAAAUAUCUGAGAUGAAAGUCCCUAAACAUAAUAACUCUAAGUAAUCAGACGCCAUAUAGUGAGCCGUGUGUGGUGCAGCCGGAGAGAAAAUUCUACACCUAAUUCCUCUUUCAUCAGAUUCGAUACAGAAAAUAAAGCAGCCUCCACGGCUAUGGUACACACUCGUGUGUGCGUGUGCUACAAGAAACUGGGCCAGGUGAUUUCUCCGGCUACUGUGUCAGUCAGUUUAAAUUUUCGUAUUGAUUUGCAAUGUAUAUGUAGCUUCAAAUGGCGUAAAGGUAUGGUUUGUGUUUUGGGUUACUUACUCGGGACAGCAAAUACGUUAAAGGAGAAUAACUAACGGUAUUUAUUUGUGCAUACAAAGAAAGGAAACAAAAAGACCUCGCGGUGGCUGCUGAUUGAUGGUGGCCGAGAUGCUUUAAGGUAAACAUCUGAGUGCAAAUAGUACAAUGCGAUACAUAUUUGUCAGUUCCUCAAAUGAAAAAUCAAAUUCAUUUACUAUUAUUAUUAAAUGGCAAAUAACGGUUUUCCCUUUCAAUUGAUGGCAAUAAGGACGAUUCAAAUUUGUGUUAACGAACGCUUCUUAAAUGUCAAGCUAUUUUGCUCAUUACACAUGCUCCGCAAAAUGAGUAUCCACGGACAUAAAGCACAUCUCAUUUUUAAUAGGCUGCCUGUUGCGGUUAGGUCUUUUUGUUUAAAUUACCAACUCGGAUUUUUCAGUGUUGCCAACCUGAAUAUUCAUGUGUGCACAAGGAAGUUAAUUUUUUUAUCGAUCCUUCUCCUACAGUUCCCAUUGUGCCGGAUGUCUUGAUGACAUUCAAGACUAAAACUGCAGUAAAAUCAUUGUUGGAACACAGCGGUAACAAUUGCACCUCCGACGCACCCGUAGUUGACCUCGUGGUGGACGCCAUGGAGUCCUUGACCCCUCUCUCCUCCUCUACACAGACACAGCCGACUCUGUCGGAAAGUGAUUUUCUCGAUCCGACAGUGGCCACUGAGCAGGAGCGACGCGAGGUUGUACAUGCGUUGCAAAAGCUAAAGACCUUGGCUAAGGACUGCAACAUCAAUACCACAGCGAUUGCUGGGGUGGUACGAGAAACGCGCAUGGACGGGGAGAACCUUGCAGUGGGGAUACUGUUUGCGUCAAAGCCACUUGUACAGCUAAUUGUCAAUCCGAUGAUCGGACCGUUGACCAAUAAGUGAGUUGCCCCCACCUCACAAAAUCAGCACAUCAGUGGCACGAUGCCUAUUUAUUUGCAGUGGUAUUAGUAGCAACGGUUUCUUUAAGCAUCUUCUCAUCGCGCUAUAGGAUGAACAUACGGUGAGCCGCGAACUACUAGAAUACAAGAGCAGAUUUUAAAAUGCAGUUUGAGACACGGUCACUGAAUUUGCCAAUUACGACCUCGGAUUUUUCACUUCGAUAAAGUGGAGAUAACAUACACUGAGUGGCUGAUCUCAUGAAAUAUGGCCUGAAAUUCUGAAAUAUAUUUUCGAUCAGAAAAAAUUAUUUAGGGAAGGGUCUUAUAUGGAUUAUCAAGCAGCGUAGUCAUAUAAACUUUCGGAUCUCCCAGAAGUUGGCCUUUAAAUGCAUUUCUACGCAACGUUCUGCAGGAACCGCACUCGAUAAAAAUGGCUACUUAAGCGGCAUGCGUUUCUCACAUUGAUUUUGAUGUUUUUAUGAAUUCGAAUAUAUUUUCUAAAUAACAUGCAAACAUAUGCCUCUUUCUACUCUGCUUGUAAAAAAUCGCGUAGUUUUUGAAUUGUAUACACUAGAAAGAUGUGCAUUAAAGUUUUGAAAGCUUUUCUAAUUCCCAAGUACAGUGCGUGACAGAUCUCAUAAAAUGUUGGCCAAAAUUCUAAAAUUGCGUUUUCGAUUUGAUAGGAUUAAUAAAGUGGCGUUGUAACAUUAACAUGCAGCAUAAUCCUAUGGACUUUCGGACUCGUCAAAAUGUUAUCUUUUGAAUGCAUUUCUUUCUGACCUCCCACUGAAACCUUAUUAGGUAAAAAUGACUACUUGUUUAGCAUUAUUUUUCAUACUGAUUUCGGUGGUCGUGCAAAUUCAAAUUUAUUUUAUAGAAAAAUGCUAAACAAGUAGUCAUUUUUACCUAAUAAGGUUUCAGUGGGGGGUCAGAAAGAAAUGCAUUCAAAAGAUAACAUUUUGACGAGUCCGAAAGUCCAUAGGAUUAUGCUGCAUGUUAAUGUCACAACGUCACCUUAUUAAUCCUAUCAAAUCGAAAACGGAAUUUAAGAAUUUUGGCCAAAAUUUCAUGAGAUCGGUCACGCACUGUAAGUAUGAGCUUGACCAAUCAUUGUACCAGCGUUUAGCGAUUUCGGUCUGCAAGGUGCAGGUCUGCUGCCUAAAUAAAAUCCUAUAUUCUUAUUUGCUUUUAUGAAGAUAUCAUAUAGAGCUUACAAACGUUUUGCAAUGGAUGCGGACUGUGUCGUACGAUUUAUGAGAAGCAUUCGUAAGCGGACAAGUACAAUUCAGUAUGAAUGGACAUUGUACAGUUUACAAAAUCUCAUAAUUAUAAACUUUUCAAAAUCCAUAUUCAUCCCUUCUCGUGGUAUAAAAUGUGCAAACUAUAUGAUUUUCUACCAGCUGAGAGAAGAAGGCAUACAUGUGCAAGUUUCCCAUAAAAUCCAUCUCAUUUUAUAUUAUCAAAAAUCAAUGCGAAAAACUCCUGCUAAUUAUGCAGCCAUUUUUACCGUGUGUAAUUCCUACAGAAGGUCGCAGAGAAGUGCAUUAUUACCAUUCUGAGAAGUACGGAAUACUAUAUGACUACUUUGCACGAUAAUUCAUUUUAGAACCCUAUGUAAGUGUUCCUUCCUUAUCAAGAACUUACUCAAGAACUGAAGCCAAAAUUUCAUGAAACUGUUCACUCACUGUAGGCGUGGACAAACUCAAGGUCUCAGUUAGUUACAAUCGGUUGUUAGACAUAGGUUAUCAUAUGCUCCCUAUAUCAGAAAUCGUUUUUAAAUUGGUUAAGCGGAAUUGGUAUUUGGACGUUGCAUAUAUGCACUAAAAUAAAAGUUUGGGUUUUUUGAAGACGCUUGCAUAUUAUAAAGAUUUCCAAGGCUUAUAUGGGCAAAUAUAACGCCUAAUAUACGCUUGCUGGUUUGUGCCACUUUACAGUGUUCACUGCUAUACAUAUUGGUUAUAAUAAUUUGAAAAUGAAAAAGGACUCACUCAAUGAGGAUAAAGGGCAGCAAUGUGAAAGUGAUAUUUGCCGAUCUCCGCCGAUAACGUUUAGGAAUAUCGGCGAAUGUGUCAAACUUUCGAUUUAAAAUUCCGCAAUUCAGGCAGAUGUUUGCACAUUGGCCAUUAUAAUAGACACUGGUAAAGAAAACUCCAUCGGAACGAUCAUUUCUGUCUGUGAUUCUGGCUCUAGACAGUCGAUUCUAAGCCGAGCCACCACGCCUAAAAUGCCUAUUUAAGACGGUUUUCAUUAGUUAUUUUUAAGUUGAAUAGUAUCCUGGCUGCAUUACAAGCCCCCGUCAUAUCACCUAGAUAGACCAGCGCAUCCCAGUCUCUAUUUAACCGUUCAUAUUCCUGGUCAGAGGCGACAUGUCAGGAAUUAAUUUGGAAUUGGUGAAGCCAUUUCUUCUUUGUCUUUUAGACAUUUAACUAAACAACAAAUAGGUUUGGCAUACUUUGUCGACCACUUCAGGUUGACUGUUGAUUUAUAAAAUUGCUAAGUCCCGCAGACACUGUCCGUGGAGGUCAAUAUCUUUCUAUCGUAUGUUAAACAAGGUAUUUUCCGCAAGUAUGGACCAAAAGUGUCACUACGAAACAAACUUAGGAAAUAGUGGGCAAAUUCGCUUUUCUCAUCAAGAGCGUGGUUUAUGGAUGUUUACAGUUAGUCAGAAAACUUGUCCAUUUUACAGCAAACUGCUUUGUUAUCGGUGGAUUCACAGUGGAGAACUUGAGAAGGUUUGGCAGCGUUUGAUGAAACAAUAUUUUUAUUCCCCUAACUGUUGGAAUCCGCACUCUAAUCCAACAUCAGAGAAAAUAAGACAGAAGACUAAUGGACCUGCCUGAGGUGCACUAUCUACGAGAUGGAUUUAUUAAUCAAUCACAUUCAUAUUCAUGUUAGGAGCUACCUGAUUCAUCGAGCAUGAACGAUAUAAUAGGCCUCCAGCAGAGGCCAGUUACCCUAUCUCUUCAUCGCUGAUAUUCAUUGGCUGCAUCACUACUUUUUGAUGUUGUUUGCCUGUGCCCCCCCCCUUUCCGCAACCCGAGUUCUCAGCUUAGCCUAGUGUUAUGCCAUGUAGCUUAUGAUAUUAGGUGUCUACAGUUUUAUAAGCGUGUGCUAUGCCAGUAUUAGCAAAUCAUGAUAAUUGCAGCCUGGUAUGCGCUAGCAUUUCCCUGAUACCUGGUUCCCUGUCGGUAGAUGUGCUUGCGCUCCCGCUGGGCAUACAGGUGGUGGGCAUGGCUGCACACUCAUCGUCAUCGUCCUGACCCCUGUUAGGGCGUUGUUGUUGAUUUUGUUGUCGAAAAAUGCUGACUAUUUGCUGUGUGAACAAGGGGGUAUGGUGGAACGCCAAGGUGCCGCUCCAGCCGUGCCAGUCAUCCGUGUCCUCCCCCCCUCUCCGGUUUUCUUGACUCUGUCUUGCCCCUGGGUCCAGAUGGGGAGUGGGUAACAGAGAUUGUGGUAGAUUCUGCCACUUCCUCUAUGCAUACAUAGGCUCGCCCGUAGAACCUCUAUUUCCACUUUUCCCGUAAGAUGGGCACCUUUGAUUGGUCGUGAUUGUUGGGGUCCUUCACCCGAUCAUUGCCACCUGAGUGAGUGUUGAGACACAGACAUAACGGUCUAACGCAUCUGCAUUUCAGGCAGCUUAACUCGUUACCUUUGAAAAUCAUUACCUGCCUUCUUUCCAAAUACUGUCCAAAGGCUUCAUGUCUCAGCACGCAAUAAUCUUUUAAUCAGGCGAGAACACCAGUGAGCAGUAUCCGAUUGUUUUUUUCCUUUCCGUCGUGGAUUAUGUCUCCGAAAUGAAGUCGUAUGGGUGUCAUGUGAACAUGAAUACCUGAUUUCACCUGAUGAGGACGACAUUUGCGUCCUCGUAGUAAGCCUAAAAUCAUAGUCGGUGUUGUGGGACGAACAGUGAUUCCAGCCGGUCCAGGACCGCCUCGACUACGAGGGCUUAAAUUGCUAAACCCACCCGUAUUUAUUUCACAUCCUCGUUGAUGGUCCGAUUGACAGUGAAGUAUGUCUUCUUAGACAGGGCUUAAUAAGUUCGAUUACCUGGCCUAGACUUAGACUAUAUUUUUGCACCAAAGACGAUUGGAUGUUCGCGGCUGAUAAUCCUGGGAAAAUAAAUUGGGAAAGACGGGGCAUCAAAAGAUGCAAUGGUCGUGUUUAGGAGCAGAAGAGCCAUCCUGUCAAAACGUGAGCUACAGGAUCGACAGUGUUGUCUGCGUUAGCGGUCAAGAAGUUGACGCGCAAAAAUAGUCACUUUGUGCUUUUGCAAGUCAAGAUGUUUUUGAGAAAAAUGGUGGACCGCGUGAGAGGUUCAUUUUUGAGAAGUUUUAGAAGACCAUUUUUUGGGUGAAGUUAGCCUUAGCGGCGAUAAAUCCUGCCUAAAGCAUAUGUUGCUAGCAGUAUCGCUUUAAUUGCGCGUCAUAGCUUUUGCGUUAUUGCCUUAGCGUGGAAAUGGAACUGAAGACUCUUCAGUCAGUUCAAGGUCUUCCCAAAUAUCUAGUUUUGUAUAGUACGACGUUGGAUACCGACGUGAUUUUCAUCCUUGAAUUCCAUAACUACAUGGCUCUGGGUCAUGAAAAAUACGCUGCACUGUCUGUGAAUUAUGAGACCAUUCAUUUCACCGGUCGAUACUUUCUGACUAACGGUUGACUGCAUUGAUAAUCCGUGAUGACAGUAAUGGUAGUAACCCUGUUGAAUCAGGCUUCGCGACGUAACACCUGCAUUCUUCCUCCGCCAAUGACACUGACUGCAUUUUGUGAACUACGGAAUCAUGACUCAAGCAACUUGUGGCAUGCGCGAUUUCGAUUUCUUGCGAGAACUUAAGUCUCGUCAAACUUGACGGUGUGGCCGGGUCCUGUUGAAUAUGUCGCGAUCUAGCACUUAGCGCCAUACCUCCUCAUUGUUGAUGCAUGUUGAGCCGUGGCCGUUCGGCGUUAUUUCUCAGUUUCUCCAAUGUAGUUGCUUUGUCGACAAUUGCACCAUAUCCAGUGAGCGAACCCAGACGUCCCUUGCCAUGGUAAUGGGUUUCUCGUCUUUAUGGCCUAGCGCGUGACGGUGCCACUCCGUCUCUGAAUAUACUAAGAAAGCGGCGGACGUUUUUCACGCACAAAUAGCUCCCGGCAAAAUUUGGGGCCCCGCUUACGCAUGCACUGGCUGAUGAAUUUGCAGGGGCACCAAACACCAGUCCAGGAUAUAUUAGAUCUCCAGUCUUGUCUUCCUCUCGCUUCUAUAUUCUAUCACGCAGUUCUACCUGGGCAAAUUAAUUGGAAACUCCGGGAAAGGCGAGGGCAAAUAACAGUUCUGGUGACGGCAAGACAAAUCUUUGAGUAAUUGUCCUGCCACGGAUCAACACGCGUGACGCAGAUCAUGAUCAGUAUUGACUCAAGUACGGAAUAAAAUGCAUUCGUCGCAUCAACCACAACAUCGGGCAUGUGGUUGGCUGAUAACCCUUCCUGCAAACACUGCGUCCCCCCGACUCUCAGCUACCUCUCUCUGAGACUCUCUCUAAUGAUGGAUUCGAGGUUGAAUUGAAAACGUCUGACCAACAAAUCUCUCGUUCCUAUUAUUCUCCUUCUUAACCCUUUUAGAUCUCACCAUUUUGCUUCAAUCGACGAUUUGUACAUUCUUCAACGAUAUCCCGUAAAUACACGCCUCUUGGGAAUGUCCACUGUUUGAUCGUGGAGGUAAUCCAACAAACACGAUAACUCAUAAAUUCAAAUAGUACACGCACGCCUGUCAUUCCACGCUCUCACAUGGCGGAAUAAAUCUGCAAACCCUGAAAGCGUCCGUUUAUCCUAACAUUAGUCCACUUCGUUGGGAUCACUCCUGAAUGCUUCGCUUGUUUGCUCGGGAUUAGGCCGCGUCUUCCACUUAUGCUUAUCAUUUCUGACAGUUGCUAUAAUUUAAUUACGGUGAAUUUCUCUCCGGGAAUGGUAAAUUAUGUAAUUCCGUUGCGGUUUAUCUUCUUUAGCAGGUGUCAUCUUGUUUUUGGCGAUACGAUCUCAGGCCUGAUCGUCUGCCCUGGAUUCCCUUUGAAAUCCCGGCCGCAGUUUAACCAUUUUCUACAUGAACACGUCCUGUGGUCUUAAGAGUCAUCCUGUCAACGAUCACUUAGUGGUCUUAUAGGAUGAAGCCUAUUAUUUUCAAAAUUGUUGAUCCUAAUUGUUGCUUGACCGUGACAUCAAAUGUAAGUUUUUCAAAGAAAGUUAGAAGGAAAAUGCGCAAAAUUGUUCUAGCAUGAAUCGAAAUGCUGCGCGCUGAAAAUGGAAUCAAAUAAAGUCCUAAGUUGCUCUCCGGUAUGCUGACUUCUGGUAAUGCACAAUGACGGGCUGCGUAAUGACCACAUCGAACCGAUCGAAUCGUUUGAGACUGGAGGAUGUUUUAGUCAUUUUGGCAAAAGACCACUUUGUCUUGGCGCGUUUUAGAAACACCUGGGUCACGUUUGCCACAGUUAGUCGGACCAAACUGGAUGACGUCUCCAAAAUGAACCCUAAGUCUGAAGAGAAAGUUUACUGUUUACUGUGAGGGCCUGCUAUGUCGGCAGUCAAGAAACACGUGCGAUAAAUAAUGCCCGAAUUAUUAUCUGUCAAAUAAAUUCUCCCAUUACUUUAAAUGCAUCAACCGGAUGGUCUCUUUAAUUUGUUAAGCAUAUGUUAUUGGGAAUUCUUGACAACAUCCUAAACGAAAUGUUGCAUUUUUUUCCAUUUUCCUGUCCAAAGGAUCGGAUACUCCAUUCCUAUGUUUAUUGGUCUCGUCAUAAUUUUUGGCUCAACGAUAAGUAAGUCCGCUCGUUUCCUUAACACGACUUCUGUUUGUGGAGUACUUUUGUGUUUUUAUCUCAGCUAUAAGGUGCUCCUUUUCAGCGUUUGCCUUUGCCGAGAGCUACUUUCUCCUUCUACUGGCUCGGUCAAUACAAGGCUUGGGUUCUGCCUUUUCCACUGUCUCCGGUAAGUCUGUGUAAACAUUUAGCAUUCUGGUAAUGCGUUUUAUGAGGUUUUUGAGUGAUCUGCAAUUUAAAGGCUUGCAAAUAUCUGAGAGUAGUCAUGUAGCAUUUACCUACACGAUUGCCAUAUUUGGGAACUAACGUCUAUUAUUGUAAAUCCUUGUAAAUCCGCUUGCUCGGUUAAAUGCUUCUUUAGUCCACAUUUGCAAUGAAAGAUGUCGAUGUAAUUGAUAUUUCAUGAUCACUGAUGUCUACUGUCGUGGGAUGCGAUAUAGCGGCCAGGGUAAUAUUUGGGUCAGAUCCCUGUUUGCAGUUCCAUCAGCAAUCGCGUCAGCCGACAGCAUUUCAACCAUCUGUCUUUGGCAGCCAUGUAAAAUCAAAAUUAUGACAGUUGUUACAGUACCGCACUUAAUAGGCUGGACCUAAGAUCGAAUUUGCCCCCAAUGCCAUUUCAUUAAACUACUAACGCGGUAGACGCUAAAGCUGUUCUGAUGAGGCACUAGACGCCCAGAGUAUUGAAAAACAAAUAUAUUGACCCACUCGACACAAACAGGAUCUUUAAUCGCAAAAGCUCGAUUUUUUCCCAAGAUAUUUCGUUAAAUAUGAGUUAAAUGAAGCAUUGGCAAGCCACGCUUUUUCGUCUUAAGAGUCACUUUGCAAAAAAGACUUUAAUUGCGAGUAUGAAAGCGAAGAUAGAUUAUAAGACCCGAUAUGCGUCUCAACGUUUUUAGCGCGAUUACGCUACCGGCGAAGCAUCAUAUAAGAUGCUAUCCUUUUCGUUCAUAUUGCAAGAGGACUUCUUACUUAUUAAAAGGCUUAGCAUAUUGGCAACCAGUGGAAAAUAAAUCGAAAAGGUCAGUGUAAUAGCAUUUUGUGGACAGUAUCAAGGGACACAUCGCUAACGUCCCAAUUCUCAGUCAAAAUCCUGUUUUUAAAAGGUUGUCUGACGUCUGUGCGAAAGAUUCAUUUUGCAUAAAUGCUCAUAUGACUGAAGGAUUUUAAGGUGAGCGCGAUUGACUGCGUAUCAACCAGAAAGUCAGUUAGCUUCAAAUUAAUCGGCAUGCUCAAUUGUUCGCAAGUUCUUGGCCGCCCAUGUUUGUUUGUGUUUAAGAUUAAGUGCGCACGGGUAUCCGCACAAGCUUGUCUGGUCAGAGUAAAUAGUUGCGUUUCCACUCGCACAAGAAGUCGGCGAUUUAAUGUACUUUUUCCAGUAUCCACAAGGCAAAAAAUUGCGGAUUCUGUGGUGAGACUUCUCCGUUAGACGGCAUUUCAUGUCGCAUGACUUUUUGCCGAGGUCAAGGCUCGGUAUCAACCCUUCUGGGUCUGUCAAGUAAUGUUCGCUUAUAAAUAAAGGGAGUCUUCCUGCAUUUUAGACGCAUCGUUGUCAUCUUUCGUGGAAUAUGCAUAAUCCGCUAUAAACUUCAAUUUUGUCCGUCCGAAUUACAGUUGCAGAUGCACAUUGACGACAUGUCUGAACAACAUGCACGAUGAUAUGUAAGCCUUGAUGGCACAAUUUAAGAUACAUGCAACCCCUUUUCACACUCGAACACCUAUUGUUUUAAGCACAUGGAUACUAAAAAUUAAUUAAUUCAGAAUUAUUGUUUUUGGUUAGCUCACGUUAAUUGCGCAAAUAUCAGAAGCGCACGUUAUUCUGUAGGUAUGGGUACGGUGGCCACAUUCUACAAGGAUCCGGAGGAACGAUCACGGGCCUUUGGAUGUGCACUCACUGCGCUCGCCCUUGGACUAUUAGGUAAUGGUCGUCCGCAGGUCAUAUUCCUGAUUUUCAACAUUAUUCUUUAUGCAUGUUUUUAUACUGAUGUGUUAACACAUCUAAUAUUAACUGAAAUUGUGUAAUGUGUUUUUGACUGGAAAAGCGUACGUAAAUAUGGUGGUAAUAUUGAUCACCGCGCAUCAUGGUAACAAGAUAUUUCAGGUUUUUAGGAAAACGAUUUUUAAACGAACUUUCUUUCUGACAUCCAAAAAACUAUACUUCGUAGAAAAGGACUAUUUCAGCGGUAUGCAUAUUUUCGCAUUUGUGCUAGGCGCCCAUAUACAUUUUUGUCUACCUCACAAAGAUAUGCAUGUAAAUGCUCAUUCUUUAACACACUUGAAAGGAAAUUACAUUCUUUGUUAAUUUUAUGCUUAAAGAAAGGCUAUAGUUUGUUUUAAAAACCUUUAUGAUUCCCGAAUAAUUUUGAACCCGACAUGUUUUCAAGCUUGAAUAGAGAAUUUUUACACCAAGAGCUGCAUAUUUUCCGUGUACGGAAAAUCAUACAUUGUAUAUGCUUGUAAAGGAGGACAAUAUAUGUUUUACAAAGUUUAACAGUGAAUGUAAACUGUACUGCAGAGACAUGAUGUUUUGUGAACGGGCAAUUUAAGGUUUUCUUUGUCAUAAUUAGAAACUAUUAAACCCGAACUAUGCACUUCUUUAAAAUAAAAAAUUUGAAGGAGACGUAUGUUCCUCUCAAAUGUGAAGAAGGAUGGAUAUUUGUAUGCAUGUUUUCUAUGAGACUUGGCUCGCGACGUAAUACGAAAACGCCUCGAAGAAAAGAACGACAAAACUACAGGACCCCUUAAGAUCCAGCAAAUAAUGCAGCUCUUUGCCUUCCACCAGAUAACCUUUUUCAACUUCGAUGGCAGAUCAUUCGAACAAAUCAAAGUUACACCCAUGGGUUCCCCAAUAUCCAACUUAGUUGGAAAAUUGGUCCUACAAGGGCUAGAAAAUGUUACUAUCAGCCACUACAAACUUGCGUUUUGGUGCCGAGGCGUGGACGAUACAUUCGUCAUUAGUGAAAAGGACAGGCUCUCGGGUUUUCAAAACCUGCUUAACAACAACUCCCCCGACACUCAGUUUGCAAGAGAAGACGAGAAGACCGAGAAACUACCCUUCCUUGACGUGCUCGUCACGCGCAUACCCGAUGGUAAACUCAGCAAUGCAGUGUACUGAAAGGCGACCAAUACAGUUCAGGUCCUCAGCUAUCAUAGCAACCAUACAUUGGUGCACGAACGGGACUGUGUGACGACACUUUUCGACCCGGUAAAAACGCAUUGUAGCGGGCCCGAAGGAAGGAUGCAAGAAUGGCGGCAUCUCAGGGACCAAGUUACAAAAACCGGCCACCCAAAUAGUUUCAUCAGCAGCUGCAUACGCACGCACCCACGAAGGACAAACGGGAGUGACACCAAUAAUUUUGCACUUCCUAACCUAAAUUUACAAUGUGUCCGAGGCUACAGAAUGCAUUGCGUCAGAGUUAGGCGUGGGCAUCGCAUAUCAUCCGGCGGCUACUAUGUGUAGCAGGUUCAUGAAAAUUAAGGAUCGGCUGGACGCAGUUGAGCAGUCAGGCGUAGUCUAUCAAAUCCCGUGACAUAACUGCCCUUGCCAUUACACAGGACAAACAAGACAACGACUCAGUUCACGAAUAUCUGAAAACAAACGGGCCGUUCGGAUAGUCGACUUACUAUUUCAAGUCACCACUUACACGCUGCAGGAAGGCCCUGAGUUCGACUUCGCCAACACGCGGAUAUUGACGCGAGCCGGCAACAAGACGGGGCGAGAACUGUUGGAGGAGUGGGUGUCGGACACCAACCCUAUCAAUAGACACAAUGAUUUGCCUGGUUGUUAUCACGUACUCUCCCCACCCAACCAGGUGGCGCAGCUCACAUCGCCCCGAAGUACAGACGAUGUCCCCAAGCCGGGGCCCAUCGUGGGCCAGGCUGCACAAGCCACAUCUAGCCACGGACGUAGUGCAUCCGUCUUCACUACACAACGAUAUAAAUAUUCACACGUUGCUGCACUCUAGCAAUCUCUGAUGAUGAACUCCAUUUGGGGUUCCAAAGCUAAGGCCAAUAAAUCUACCGUUCCAAUAAUCGUGCCUUCGUCUUCUAUUAAACAAAAACCUGGGAUGCGGAAAUUGUCUCCCACUCUAUGCGAUAUAUUCUUAUUUAGAUGGGCAUCGGAUAUUAAUGAGAAAAAUUCAUACGGCUGAAAUAGUCAUUUAAUACACAGUGGGCUUUUUGCAAGAGCUCAAAAAGAGGUUGCUUCAAAAAUCGUCAUUCUGAAGUAAAUGAUAUAUCUUGGGAUCAUGCUAUGUGGUGAUUAAUUUCACUAUCGAACUUAUGUGACCUUUCCCAAUGAAAGACACUUUGCAGAAUUUCGGUUGAUAUUUUGUGAUCCUGCACACAAUUGUGUUUGACAAAGAACGCAAGUGCACAUAGCAAAAGGUUGCAUUCUGUAUAAACCUGGUCCGCUAUAUAAUGAAAAAGGUGGAUAAAGCAAAAUAUGGAAAUAACAAAAUGUUUUGCUGUAAAAUCAACUUAAAAUCCCGUUUAAAAUGGCAAAUAUUCGCACAUCGACCACGAACCGAAAGUCUAUUACAUUGCUAAGAGAACUCCUUUGCAAUGACUCAGACAAAAUAAAGUAUCAAAGACUGGUCAGCAAAAAAGCAUUUCGUAAGGCCAUAAAACAUGCUAUGUCCUGUUUUACCAAUAAAUUGUUUACUAAGGAAAGGGGUAAGAUUGUUGCUCAUUUCCCCCAUAUUUAAAUGGCAGACCCUACGCGUCGUCGGCUAUUAUUCUGGCAAAUAAUUGCAAGAAGAAUUAUGUUCGGCAUUUGCCAUUUAGUAAGUUGCAAGUUACAUAAAGAAUAAAAAUGUCCUAACCAAUUGAGCUAAGACCAAUCCAACAGAGGUGCAAGGAAGACAAACAAUAUGCGAAACUAGGUUUUGCGUUAUCCUGAAAAGUUCGCAUAGUGCCAGUCUACAUAUCGAGAUCAUCUGACGACCGACAGCACAGCAUACAUAACUAGAAGCUGACUGGUUUGAAGGGUCCACAAAAGUGCAGGAAGUCUUCGAUUUGCUUGCAUUUGACAACUUACUCACUAACCCAUUCAUGUAUUUUUAGUCGGACCAACCUAUGCCGGCAUUGUCUACCACCUCUUCAACAAAUCGGCACCUUUCCUCAUUUUGUCGGCCCUGACAGCAAUGUGUGGUGGUAAGAUGGCGGUUUUUAUGUUUAUGCUUAUUCUUUGUUGCAAGUUGAGUCAACGCAUCACUAAACACAAACGGACACACACCAUAUUGUCCGAAUUUAGUCGUUCCCCGUCGUUAUUUAGUGACGAGCAUCAAUUUAUCCUGACUGCACAAAAAGGCUAGGUUUGGCCCUGACGUCACAUCUGAUUGAUAACAAAUAGGACGCCUCCUAUCAAAAUGUCAGCAGGUGGGAUUCCGUUGACUCUACGCUUACUUCGUGUUAGUGCCUUUCAUACUAUUUUAAUUCGGCGAUUGACUGUGUCUUGGGGGAGUACUCAUAUGCCAGUCUCGGUUACAUCAGGUGUCAGUUCAAACGCGCUUACCUGAGCUUCCCUGCUUGCUCCCUUUUUGUUAUCUUAAUCCAGAGCUUGGCUAGGUUGGGUUACUAAUGGCAUUGUUUGGACAGAAUGAAACUCCGUUGGUUUUACUGCAGUGGCAACUUCCUUCGAAUUAGCACGCGGUUUCCUUCAUGGCCAUCCAUUCCUGACUGUGUUUUCCUUAUCAUUUUAGUCCAGCAAGCGGCUGGGUCGCCGUGAGAGUAAUCACAUGUCGUCUUUGGUUACACCAAACAUUGGUUCACAUACAUUUCUCUGCGAGUGUUUCGAACCCUACUUGCGCUCACUUUUCCUUCCUAGUCCACUCAGAUAUGUUAACAACAACUGUUUAAGGAAGCGUACCACAUAGCAUCAAUCAAAUGAGACUAUAGGACCAAACCUCGCCUACGAAAGAAUUGACAAGGGGUGGCGAAUAACAAAAGAGGGGCUUCAGUAGUGUCAACAUCUGAUGUUAAAAGUCUGUCGAUCGUACCGCACUGCCUGAGCUGAAGAUUCUUGGGCCAAAUGCCAGGCAGAAAUGCCUACUUUCAUUGAACAGUAAACAGCACAGUGCUCACUAUUCUUCUGUCGAUGAUAACGGACAAUAUUCCUAUGAUAAAGCCAUUUUUGCGUUCAAAGAAUUAACUUGGCUUGUUACUCUUAUUUAUUGGCGUCUCAAGUUUCAUCAACCUUUAGUGAUGACCGUGUUGGGAAAACGGCCGUUGGGAUUUUGGUUUUCUUUGACAACGAAAUACUCUUGAGGUGUUUGUUUAUUGGAUCCUUGAUGAAUUCGCGAAGCGUGGUCUUUUAAGAAGAAUUUUAGUCUACGUGUCCUGCAAAACGUCUUCAUGCUAAGCUUGUUUUUUACACUUGCAAAGUUUCCGUCAGAACUGAAAACCGACUGGUUUGUGCUAAUAGUGAAACAAACGUUUUCUUACUGCCUUGGAUGAGCGGAGUCUGAAUGACAAAUAACCUGAUUUACACUUCCGGAUAGCGAAAACGAUGAAAACAAUAGAUAAGUGCAAGAUUUUAAGUCAAACGCUGAUUACCUUGAAACGACAGACAAAGAAUGCUUUAUGCAGUAGUGACUCAUUGCCGUUUGCUUAAAAACCAGUCUUGCAGAUUAUCGUAUUCAAGCCGAAGUUUCUACCGGAGGAGGAAAAAGGGACCUCGCUUUGUCGUCUUCUGAUGGAUCCAUAUAUCCUCGUGGGAGCAGGUUCUGUUACCAUUGGUGUUUUCUUGUUGUUUUAAACAAAACUGUUUAUGUAUACCAGGUCAUAUCAUUUAAAUGUCAGUUAACCGUCUGCCCUCCCUCGUCUAGCAUCAAAAUAUAUUAUUAAAUAAAUAACCUGUGCACAGUUUAAAACUUUAUGCAGAAAAAUGUGCCACACUUCCAUUUCGUCCUACAGUGAGCGCAAAUAAUGUGUUUCUUCUGACUACAUUAUCAUACCCCUAGAUUUCCAACGAUCGAACGCUUCGACAGUCCACCCAAAUAAAGCAGUUGAUCUGGUGACUAGUAAUUAGACUCCAUUGAAUAAAAUUUGUAGUUCAUGUAUUCCUUCAACGACCCAUGAAUAAGCCUACCCUCCAUACGCCCAUCCAUUCAACGUAUUUGCAAAGCCGUCUAGAAUUCUGGAAACUGCAACGAGUGAUAAUGGGUCAUAGCAACUUGGCUUAAUGCUUAUAUUCCAUAAAACUGGAUAAAAGCAUCCGGAAAUAUUAGUUUUUUUUCGUUAUUUCAGAAUUUCCCCUCAAACCCUGCGUGGUGUACACCUUGAAAAGGUAUAUGUACAGUGGGUGUGUUAAUUUAUGAAAUGUCAAGUGAAAUUCCGAAAUGCGUUUCUUUUCCGAAAAGAUUAAUUAAGUAGUGUUGUGAAACUAAUCAUCUUGCAGUAAAAGUAAAUAAUAAUUCAGUUAUCACGGAAUGGCGGCUUUCGAACGAACUUCCUUUCGGCUGCAUGCAAGAAGCACACUCUGAAAAGAAUGACUUCGUAUGGUACAUGAAAAUUUCUCAUUAAUUUUCGAUGUCCCUAAAAGUCCAGUUACAUUUCUUGGAAACCAUAUAUAAGAUUAUGUAUUCUUUCGCUCAUUCUGUAGAACUUUACGUCUUCUUCCACGAUUAUGCCCGAAGAAAGCGUAUUAUUCGGUUAUCAGUAAUUUUUCAAUUUCCGAAUAAUUGUGGACCUGCUCUGCCGUUACACUUGGAUUCAGGACUUCUAAACCCCAAGUCGCAUAUUUUCCGCGUACGGAAAACCGCACAUUCCUCUACGGCAUUAAGAGGAGACCAUAUAGCGUUUAUGAAAUGUAGCACUGAAUUUGAUCAAUAUUGUUAACUAUACAACCCGCACUGUUAAAUACAGAGACUUGACAGUUUACGAAAGACCAUUUAACAGUAUUUAAAAGUCUCACAAGCGGAAACUUUUUUAAAGCCGAUUUAUGUUUCUCCUUCGGGCAUAAAUUUGGAAGAAGUGGUAUUUUGCUACUGAAUGAGCAAGACAAUGAAUAUCGUAAUGCAUUUUUUCAAACAAAUAUAAGUGAACUUUUAGAGGCAUCGACAAUUAGUGAAAAAAACUUAUGCAAAAUAUGCAGUCAUUUUUUACAGAGUUCACUUCUUACAUGCAGUCCAAAGGAAGUUCGUUCGAAAGCCGUCAUCCUGAGAUAACCGAAUUAUUAUAGAAUUAUGCUGCAAGGUGAUUAGUUUUACAACACUACUUAAAUUAUUUUUUUCGAACUGAAAACGCAUUUCGGAAUUUCAGUUGACAUUUUAUGUGUUAGCCCACCUACUUUAUAUAUCUAUGGGUAUAAGCGAAAAACAUUUGUUUGGGGAAUAGGGGGUCACAGAGAGACAACAACCUACCAGGCCGAAAUCGCUGUAAUCGCAGAAGAGAAACGAUAAGAUCGGGGUGGUAAGUUGGUACAGAACUGUUUCGGGUUUAUCUGGCCUUCAUUCAGUCAAGCAUAACCCUGACCGCCAGCUGAGCGCGCGGAUCAAACAUGCGCCCAUACGCCUGAUGCAUUCGAUCCACCACAAGUGGCCAACCGCUGGAUCCUACGUACUUCAUCGAAGCGAAGGCCAUCAGCCCCUCGCCAACUGCCAAUGUGCUGUCGCUGCUUAACGAUGUUUCUUCACUUGGGAAUGCGCGCAUACCUAUCCAUAGGCUUCUCGAAGUGAAAAGCUUCCAAUGCGGGAAAGGGGCCAAAAAUGGACACAUACCCACUUUGCUGAAGUCAAUCAAGCUAUGAUAGCAGAUGCGAAACGACUAAGGCUGUUUGCUCAGGAGGGCCAAUGGGUCGGACACAAGGACACAUAAAUACAUAAAUAAUUACCUGCAUACAGCUUGCUCUGCCAAUUUUGGUCUUCGACUCAUUAGGCAGUCGUUCAUUUUUACUAAAAUUAGUUCGAAUCCCUACAUGAUAAUAUCAGUAAAUGCUUUACAAAGUAAACGGCGCAGCAUUAACUUAGGAGCAUGUGCUACAUUAGAGAGCAGCGGACUUUUUAUUUCGUGUGUUGUAUCUUCCGAUUUCCCAUCUCCUUGUCGCCCUUCAAUCCUCUCCUUUUCGCCUUUAUGGACGAUUACAAAAAGCUAACUGUCGCGGCAAAAAUAUAAACUUAAUCGCGUGUUAAAGCAGGCUUGAAAACACUGUGAGGCAAUCUGAAUGAUUAUUUAUAAGGGAUUUUCUUGUCUUUGCAGGAGGUCUGACUUUUGGAACGUUUGGCAUGGCCGUGCUGGAAGCCAUGCUGCCCAUGUGGAUGAAGAAAAACAUGAAUUCAAACAGCUGGCAACAGGGAAUUGUCUUCCUCGCAUCGAGCCUCGCCUAUCUUCUCACCACAAACGUCGUUAGUUGGCUUUUCCACAAAGUGGGUCACUGGUUAAAGGCCUUGUUGGGAAUGAUUCUCACCGGCCUUUGUCUCAUUUGCGUAAGUCUACUGCAUACACUUCAGUACGCACAUGUCUUAAUGUCUUACUUACCAUUAUUGCCUUCCGUAUAUGGUUAGGAAAAAGUUUAUAUCAAACUGUUCGCAACAGAUCUUCUUUCUGACCGUCAAUCCAUCUUUGUUAUCAGUGCUUCUUCGGAAAUAGCGUAAGUUAGCCAAAACUGUGGACGAAACAUACGUAGACGGAUUGAACUUAGCUUACGAGAGGCAGAAGUCAGAACUGCUUAGUAGGUAAAAUCAUGGAAGCUUUAUAAUCAAGUAAAUGUGUCGUAUGUUACAAGCUUCUGACUAACUACAGAUAAAUAAACAUGACGCUUUAUAAUAAUCAUAAACGCAGUCAGACUCUACGGAGGAAAAUCAACCUAACAUUCUCAAUGAACGAAAAUCCCGACCAGUGGGAGAUAUUUUAGCAAAAAAGCAUAGUCUCCAAAGCAUUGUAAGUCUGUUUAUAUUCGAAACAUAAAAGCAUGAACGGACAGCAAAACCAAUGCAAUUAUUUGAGCACUCGCAAAUGCGUCUUUAUUGAGAAUGAGCCCGAAAUCAAUAGAUUGUAUGGAAGCUCGAUGACGUUAUGAACAUUAUGAUAAUGUUAGCUGAAGGCGUUUAUGCUGUGGAUGCAAAAAUAAAGAAAACGUUUGCAUCGACUUUGGCAAUAACUGGUAAUUAAUCAUAGAAUACGGGGUUGCCAGAUUACCAGUCAUUAUAUUAACGAGCGUUCAUACGUACCAGACGGAUAGCGGGAUUAAAGUAUACCUCUACUGUGGAGUGAUAUGAAUAAUAAAGGCCGUACAACAGAAAACCUAGUCUGAAAUUAGAAAUUCAAAAAUUCCAGCAGGUAAAGCCGGUCAUAAGUUCCACUUCAUCCUUUCACUUGCGAACAGUAUAAAGAUGGGCAAAACGAGUAUUAAGGGUAGUCCAUGAUGGACACUUUUGAGCCAUUCGGGAAGACUAAAAGCCACAGCUAACGCCGAAACUUACGCAAUUGAUGACAUAAUGCACUUUUAGAGACAGCGGGAUAAAAAUUACAAUUUGAACAUCAUUUCCGAUAAUGUUCACCGCAUGCGUCUUAGCGCUCUAGGGGCAGGGACCGGGACGUGCGGAUAAACUAAUCGAUAAUGAUAAUAGGCUUGCCCAGUAUCCUCACGCAUCUGGGCCUGGUGUCAAUAGCGAUUCAGGAAGACUAAAGGCGGGAUCGAGCGCAGUUACAGACAGCACUACACAGACCAUCUGCGCGUGCUAUGCGCACAUUGGUUCCCCGCACACCACACCGGGAUCAUGCACAAACGGGUUCUCGGCGCGGAUAUCCCACGCGUGGGAGUGCCAUAGAGGCCUCAUUAUGAAAGGCUCAUCGAGUCAAACGUUCAGCCAAUCGGUCGGCCACUGCAUAAGAACACACUCUGGGCUGACUGCGGGGUCUGGGUUGAAUUGUCAGUUGACAAUCCUUUAAGGGUCUCAGAGAUAUUAUGGGGAGAAAUACCCUGAAGUGUCCUGAGAAUGUGAUCUCUAGAGUUGACCUCCGAGCUACCGUUAAGACACUUCCAAUUAAUUAAUAUUUGUAACUACGUUGAACCCUCAAAACUUGCUUCACGACAAAUCAACUCCCACCUGAAAGCAAUCCACUAUUCACAAAUCGUAAAGAUAUGUGAUAGAGGUUAUUCGCUAAUCGUAUUAAUAGAGAUACGCGCCCCACUGUGUAUUGAUGUACCAAAAUUGAGCCUCGUAGCCAGUUGCAAUGCGGUUACUGAUAUACGCAGAAGACUAAGAACAACGGCUGGAAGACUAGAAUGACAAUUUCCGGUUACAGAAGAAGGCAUUGCGAUCAUAGAAAAAAGAAGUUUAUCAGUCUAACGUUUCGGAUUCUCACUCAGUGUCAUCAUCAGGACAGUCGCAGUUAGGCGUAGCGGAGGCACAAGAAGUGCAGUAUUAAGAGUGCGAAGCAGUCGUCAGACAACAUGCGUACACCUCUCACGAUCACAGCUAAGGGUUGUGAUAGGCAGUCUGCGUCGAGUCGUCAGUGGCCGCUAUUUCAUCAUCCGUGUUGGACGUUGGCGCGAUGAUUGCUCGGAAGUGUGGUCUGCUGUCAUUGGACUUAGCGUUCGUCCGCGCCAUUCCUACGUGGUUGAUUCUGCUGUGCAGGGAAUGUUUCAGCACUAAGGGAUUGUGGUCAUAAGAACCACUACUCAAGCAGCUGGCAGCUCACACGGUUGUCACUUCUUGUGAAAAUUUCGCCCUUCUAAAACUUGAAAACAUGGCUGGGUCCCGUCGGGGGAGCCGCCGUGUGAGAGCUAGAGUCUUUCCUUCCCACUCCUGCUGUGUGCUCAGUCAUCCGCUUCCGGGAUAAUCCCCCAGUAUUCCCGACGUAGUUGUUCUGUCUGCAACCGCACCGUAUUCGGCAAGCGCCUUCUGACGUCACUGACGUGGCAAUGGGUCUUUCGGUCUCAUGACUUUCCGUCUGAUGGUUGCUUUCGGCCUGUGUGCAACCCCAAAUCCAAGUGUGGUGAGAAGCCGACUGACGGCUUUCAAGAUGUUCUCCGCAUACAACGGAGCUUGCAAAAAUUUAGGGCCAGUUAAACAUGCACUGAUUGACAAAGUUUCACCUGUAGACAUUAGCCCUCGUUGUCCGUCGAAAAUAUUUUUAUUCAGCAAACUUGCAUUCCGUUCCACUGUAAUGGGUCUCAACGCGCCGGUAUAAUUAUGGAGUUAUGAACAUGACAACCAUGUCGGGGUAACUGAGAGAUUAUCACGAACGCAGAUGGCCGAGCACGCAACGACAGUGGGGGGAGGGCUCAGGUUGCGUCUUAUUCGAUGGGACCCGGCCAUAUUUUCAAGUUUCAAAAGGCCGAAACCGUUGGCCGCCCAUGCCCUCGCCGCGUGACCAAUUAUUCUGCUUUGGCUAAAUAGUAACACAACAAAACGGAAGCGAAAUGACACCGCGCAACCAAUAUCUUCUUUGACCGUACCCAAUGAUGCGUUUGAAAAUGAAUCCGGAAGGUCAGACUGAUAUGUUUCUUGUACUAGCGACCGCAUCUUCUUCCGAGCGUGUUUGAAUUUCACGAUUGCAAACCUGCGUUAGUGUGAUCGGCUUACGACGGCCGGUAUUUAGAAAUGGUCAUUCCAGUCUCCGUCGCCUAUUUAGGAGGCCUCGGGUUUAUACAUUUACAUGUAAACUGAAAACAUGAACGUACUUUGAAAAAAAUAGGAAACUAAAGUAUGCAAUUUUGACACUUGUUUCCAGGUUGCCGCCGAACUUUUUCUAAAUAUAGUAAAAACAGGUCACUACUUAAAAUCUGUGGUUAACUUACUUUUGAGGAUACUCCGCUUUUGAGAGACUUACUCGUUGUCUUCUUGCUGUAUAAUAACUUUUGCACAAGUUCCUUUACAACAGACAGAUAUGUAUGUGAUAUUUCGUAAGUCUUUUGCUGUAUGAGUGCAUAUGACAAUGUCCAUUUAUUGUCAACUUUUCCUCAAGAGGAUAUUUAAAUCACGAUGUUGUAGAGUGCAUACCAUUAAUUAACUUUUACGUCAACUAAUGUGUCAUCUAUAUGUCGUAACUAUAAUUUACGGUCAACUAAUGAAAUUGUCGUAGAUCUCGAUUCCCAUAUUUUAUCUCGAACAAACGUGUAAAUAUACAUAUAUUUAAAGAAAUCGCAUACUGAUUGCAAAGCUCUUGCGGUGGCUGCCCAGAUGCAUUUUUUUCAAAUAAUCCUUAAACAAUGAUGGAGAAACGAGAUCACGGACGAAACGAAACAUGUUGAAAACGCACUACGUAUGGAGAUGCUGAAAAAAAGAUUAUGGCGCAUAUGAAGCUUACUCUACGGCAAACAUCUUACCGGAUUUUACGGCUACCAUAAUAAAGACGAACUAACGAAAUCUUCUUCUUGUCUACAGAAAGAUCGAUAAAGAUACUGCUUGAGUUGUCAAAUAUUAAGCACAUUGAAAACAGCUAUUUCUUUUCAAAUAUAAUUUUGAACCUAAAUAGAGCGCAAGCGUGAGAAAGCAGCUAAUCGUCUUAGAUGAGAAGCCAAGGUUAAUUAUGCUUCCUGAAGAAACAAGUUGUUAUUUUCAGAAAAAUACUUAACAACAGAAAAUUUUGAAUCGUAUCUAGGUGCCCUUUACCCGGACGGUGGCUCAUUUAUUCGCUCCCGUUUUUGGACUUGGAGUGGGCGCCGGUGAGUAAAAGCCUGUCGUUCCUUCCGUUCUAUGCAUAUUUAUUUCGCGUCGGAGGGAUAUAUUAUAAAAUAACGGAACAGCAAUACCCAUACGAGCAUAAUUUUAUGGAUGAAUUUAUGGCCACAGACUUUAACUGUGAACCGAAAUGUAUACGAGCAACGUUUUUUGAAAGUUUGUUGCGUUUUGACAUCAUACACUCCGUCCACGACAUCUGACUCGGUCUCAGGUACUUGUUCGUAGACUAAACAAAAAACUAUGUCAUUGUUACGUCGAGUCCUUCUGAUUUCCAGACAGUGAAAGGCAAACCCGAAAUGUAGAUCACAAAUAACCGUUAAAUUGCACGCGCUACUUAGCAUCGAGUCUACUUUAAGUUUCUUUGUGAUCCUUCUCCCUUUUUACUCCCAGACGGUUGUGCUGCAUCGAUGUCUGCAUAUCGUGGACCAUUUAACUUCCCCUACCUUUCCUACAAGCCAAAAAUGCAAAACUAGCUUCCUAAAUAUGUAGGAGGCACUCCAAACAUAUAUAAAAAGUCCUGCAAUCCUAACCACAGGGAUACAGGCAUCGAAUUGCAAAAGUAAAACCACAGGUACUGUUUUCUGCAUUAAAAUAUUAAGGCCGCUUUAAGGUUUUAGACUCAGACGGAGGUCUCCACUGCCUUAAAACGAGGAGUGACUUUUAAGGCACCAGAGAGAGGUCUGCGUCAACUACCCAUGAGUACGCGCAAGCAUAAAACACGCUUUAUCCCGCUGUUGGUGAAAGCCAUGAUAAAUCAAAUACACCGGCGAUCCAACUUUUAGGAUGUGAAACUUACCUUUAUCCACGAUUGUAGAUUAGCAACAUUGCGGGUCAGUCAGGUUAAAUAGCGCUUUCACUUAAUUUUAGGCCUGUUGGAAGCUUCGCUGAUGCCAGAAAUGGGUUCUUUGGUGGAUCUUCGUCACGUUGCAGUCUACGGCAGUGUUUACGGAAUAGCUGAUGCUGCCUUUUGCUGCGCCUUUGCCAUUGGUAACUACAAUCCGUCCAAUUUGAUGGCCUUGCCUGAUUUUUCGCUGAAAAAUCAGUUAUUUUUGUACCUUAUUUCGAGUCUGUAAAAAAUCGAUAUUUAUUUUGUUUUGGCCGCGGUUUUGUGUACACCUCUCCAUCAUUUUGGGCAAAAAUCGUGUUAAAAUGUUCCGUAUGGAAAAUGCUAUCACUAUGCGUACGCUCUUUAAUCGCCUUUUUUAACUGGAUAACUAGCGGCGGACAAUUAAGUGACUAAAACCCCAUGAGUAAACAAAAACCGGUUGUGGCCAUAAUACUUUGCGUUGCGUAAGUGGAACGCAGGAAAUAAUGCAUUCAAAUUCUGGGGCAAAUUCGGAAACUCUCAGAGGUAGGACGGGCAUGAUCCGAAUUCGAUCGUUUUAUAGGUUUUUCAGAUUUUUAGAAAAUUGUUAUCUAGUCGGAGGUCAAGUAGGUCUUUACACUCUCCGUUCACAGUAACUUUACAUUGACAAGAGCAGUUGCCUUUUGGACGCUAGAUGAGGCUUGGUUCAGAUAACUUCCUCUUCAGCAGCGUACCCACAACCUUUCAAGUGUGAUAUAUGAAAUUCAGAAGGAGACAAUAAAUGCGAUAAUGACUAAAUGCAAGCUAGGUCACUGAGUGUUCCUGUGUAAAGGCCACUGCUGUGCUUUAAGAUAUUUCCAACCCCAGUUUUGAAUGCUCAGCAAACUGUAUGUCAAACUGAGGAACACUUCAUGCGUUCAUCAAAUUAUGUAGCGCCUGCGGAGAAGAAGACGCGAUUGCUGAAGCAAGGGCUUAAUUUGCCUGACGUUUCGUAUUCCUUCUUCCAACCAUCCUCACAGAAACAAUAGAUGCCGACAGUUCAUGCACGAGGGGCAGUCCGCACACCACCAGACACCUAUGACAAUUCAUGGAUCGCCGCUCAUCAGGGACUGUCGUACGUGAUGUUAUGUUCGUGCUAUGGCCGAAAUUUUAGUCGUUAAUUGUUGCAAUUGUAUCACGGAUGUUGGCUGUUGGUGUGAUGAUUGCUGGACAAUUUGGCCAACCGACGGCGCGCUGUAAACUCCCCUCGGUGUUAAUUACUCCGCCUAGGCUAGGUUUCAGCACCGAUGGUCAUUGCACUUGUAGAUAGACUGGAGACAGUGAAUAAUGACUAAAGCAUAUCACGGCGAGAAAUUCGGCCAUAUCGAAUUUAAACCCGUGGUCAGGUCUCGUUGAAUCAUAUAAAUACUGCAGAGCCUUGGGCAUGUCUCUAAUGCUGUGUAUGAGCAGGAAUCUGAAGUUACAUGCAAAAAAGGAACUAGUUCAAACGAUUAUGUCUUCUUUUUCACUGCUGCUUCUUGGGCCUCGUUUUUCGCUCUUACUUACAUCCGUUCAUUGGUUUUGCAUUGCAGGACCCGUAAUCAGCGGAAGUCUGGUUCAAACCGUUGGUUUCAGUUGGUAAGUAAUAUGCCUUCGUUGUCAACCUUGACACUUUUUUAACGUAUGCAUUUAAGGCGAGCAUCUUAGAAGUGUGAGAAACGACUCCAGCAUUUACUUUAUGAAGUAUUCAAUGAGUCACAUUUGUUAGACAUAUAUAUCAUGGUCAUUUAAUGUCAAACUGAGGGCUUUGUUAGAUGAAGUUUAUAAACUACACUUGACAGCUCUGCACCUGUAACGUUUGUAAUAUAAUGUGUAAUAUAUCUGAUAACUAAUAGCAUCUAAUAUUUCUAACAUUGUUGACUCGAGAGAUAUAUUAGCACUGAAUAUAUACGUAUAUAUGUAUAAAUAUAUAUAUAUAUUGUUAUAUAUAUAAUGGUGCGGGACCCUCAUCGAGCGUUCUUACAGAUCCCCCUCGUUCCGUUGUGCCCAAUGGUUAGAGACGUGGACUUCUAACUAACAGGUCGCGAGUUCAAGCUUCGGGUGUUCCACAGUUCGGGGUUGGGUAUGACUGGCUGACGACGAUUACGAAGCCGGAAGUGGCCAUUCCAGUCUCCCUUGUCUCUGUCGGUAAUGGCAUACUGCAUAUAUAUAUAUAUAUAUAUACUGAAGGCAAGGACGCCGUAUGAGAACCGUGCUUGCAGAUGACAUAGUACUGUAUACCGAAAUCCGCAAGAAUAGCCUUAGUUUAUCACGUACCACUGUACAUCUACCCUGCAUGAACACCCUUCGUAAAUGGCGAGUAUUGCGUGACUGACAUGCAAUGCUAUCCCUUUGGUCACCGAAUCCCUACACGGAAAUCUUUUGUGGAUCGCGAGUACUACGGCAUUGACCUCAGCGUCUAGAAGGGUGCUUUCUUUUACUUAAUGACUGCAUUGUAACACGGAAAUCUUUUGUGUGUCCUGCAAUGCUGCUCGCUUUUGUCAUUGCACACACACGGAAAUCUUUCGUUACCGAUUCGCUCUACUGUGUUGAGCCUACUACUCCUCCCAACCAGCGUUAAUUUCGGUUAUCGUACACGUGAGUAAACAUCUCAAGCUCCGUUCGGCCAAAAUUCGUUGUUUUAGCGUCCAGAAUAGUGCUGUCAUCCUUUUGCCACUUGAUCCAUAUCCGGAAAUCUUCCGUUACAAACGGGUACCACGUGGUUAUCUUCCUCCACAGCGCUAGCUUCGGUUAUCCUUUCAACAAUUUCUCAACCGUACCGCACUCAGGUUGAUCUAUUUUACUUUAGCGUCGAGAAACUCGCUGUUUUCCGUUAAGUCAUUGUACCGUCACACGGAAAUCAGUCGUAAACUACUACUCUGUUAUUCCUUUAGUCAAUGCACUCCCACAUGGAAAUUUCUCGUAGGCGGCAAGUACUACGGCGUUGACCUCAGCGUCUAGAACAAUGAUGUCAUCGUUUUCGUCGCUGCACAUCUACUCGGAAAUUUUGUGUUAACACCUAGUACACGGAGAUCUUUCGUGUGCCACUGCAAUUUUGUCCGCGUUAGUCACUGCACACUCACACGAUCUUUCGCAAAUGGUUCGUACUACGGUGUUGAGCUCAUUCCCCCAUCCACCAAGCAGCGCUAGUUUCGCUUACCGUAUAAAUGAGUAGCCAUCCCCAGCUGCGCUCGUUUAAAUCCAGUUGCCUCUCCGUCUAGAACGGUGCUGUCAUCUCUUUUUUAUAACUGCGCCCCUGUUCGGCCACCUUGCGUUAAUGAUGAGUACUCCAGAGUUAACUUCCUACACACAGGUUGGUCUGCAUUAUCGCGGUGUCCCGAACAGAGUUGGCUGCCGGUUACGCACUGCACCGACAUACCGAAAUCCUUUGUUAUCCACGGGUACUACGGAUUUACGUCUCCCGACAUCCUUGGGAUCGGUUAGACUAUUCUUCACAUGCCACGCACAGCAUCCUGGAGUUGCAUUGCGUUGUCUUAGUGUCUACAACGCCGGGAUUGGCCGCUUAGUUACCGUAGUCCUACACGAACAUGUCCGGUUGUCGACGAGUACUACUAAUUUUUUCCAUAUGUUGUGCUGGAGACCUACGUGAAGUUGCCCUGCAUUUGCAUGUGCUCUCCAUCCAGCGAUACCAUUGCUUUCGGGCUUCCAUCCACACACGGAAUCGUUUCGUAAAGCAGAAGUAAUACGCGUUCAUCUUCCCUCCCCCCCACCGCGCAACCCGUCUGCCUCGCGUAACCUUUCCAUGAGUUGAUUUUCCUACCAGCCUGCCGUAGACAUGCAACGUUUUAGUUUGUACAGCAAUGAUGCCGUCUGUUACGUCUCCACAUCGUCAUACAAAACUGUUUCCUUUACGCCGUCUGCUAGUGGUUGGAGUAACCUUGGCUACGCUGUUCCGCUGUGUGUCCGCUUUCCUCUUGAUAUACACACGUCAACAAUUCAGGCUGCACAAACACCAAGACUGACAUUAGUAGACUGCAGAAAAAAAACAUGGAGACGUUCUGUUAAAGGGGGUUAUCUACAAAUGAAAUUAUCAGCGGCCAAUGAUACUUCAUAAUGGGAAGUUAGGUCUAACGGGAUAUGUCUCUGAAAGAUGUCAAGGCUGUACCAUAUUCUAUAUAGGGUUUCAUCCAGAGUUCAUCCGGAGACCGGCCCAUUUUCACGCAGUUUCCUAUUGAGGCGGCUCCAGUAUGCUUCAAUGGCGUUUGUGUGCCGGUACGUUUCCGCGUCGACGAAACUGCAGGAAUGGUUGACCGUGUACCGCUGGAAGCGCUCUGCAGCGUGGACACUGUACGUCUUCCAUUCGUUGGUAACCGUUAUGCUGCCGGACGCAACCCUCUUCUUAAUGUCGGGCCUCAGAGCGGACCAGCUACUGUUGAUAACUUGCUGGAAGACAGUAUUCUGUCGGUGGGUGUCGUAUAUGCUGACAAUCCAGUACGGUCGUUGCAUACGUCCGAUGUCAUACUUCCUACGACUUACGAUUGUUUUAUUAUUCUGGUCCUCCAUUCCGGGUCCACCCAGCUGUCCGGUUACCUUCAACAGAGCGCCUAAACACACAUCCCGGCAUGUGCGAUACCAUUUGAGGGCAGUAUGGUGCCCAACCUCCACUUCCUGCUUACAUUUCUUCAAUUUACCUCCCCCCACAAAGACUGGCAUUAUUUGCAUUGCCUUUGUUAUGGGGAGGCGACUGCCAUUACUUUAUUCGGUAACAUUUUGUACAUUGGAAUACAACAUCGUCCGUGCGCAUGCUGCCUCUAUGGAGCCUCAUUGGUCUGCGACUUGUGCAGGUCUGGCAUGCUAGGAGUAUUCCUUUUUAUUGACAAUAGUUUAUCCCGUUGGGCAUUUCCGUUGCUUGCCUAAUACUGUCAAUUCUAGACGCUUCAUUCACUUAGGGCCACUUUCCUUUAUCAUUGGGAUGUUCGAAUACAGCGUCUCUGCAACAUAAACAACCCUUCUUUCGCCGUUCCCACAAGACAGGACGGCCUUUCUCGGGGUAUAUAGCAUGGGUCUCAUACGGCGUCAUUGCCAUACUGUAUUUAUGUAUAUAGAUAUAUAUAUAUGGUAAAGGUAUUAUACCGGACCCCCGGCACAGAUACUUGCUAAAAGCCCAAACACGUGCUUCGCCGAUACUCUUCCGCUGCGUGACACAACCGCGAGGGGUUCGACUCUUCAGUGGGACCUCCGGCCUUCUCUAUGCGACUUCUGGUAUAUGAUUUCCAGAGAAGAAUCAAGUGAAUAAUUUGAGAAAUAACUCAGUGCAGGACUUGGAGUUAAAUCUCUGGAAUAUGACUUUUUAUGGUCAGAACCGAAAUUUCAAUGAAUAUUCGAGUCGAAGACAAUACGUAUAUGACUUUGUUACUUUCGUAUGACGACGGCUUGGUGACACUGACUUCGAAAAUCUGCGAGUUCAACUCGAUUUUCCGAUUAGCCUUAACUUUUUCGUUUGUAUAAAUAUCUGCAUCGAAUAUAUGAUUGAACAAAUACCCGUUCCGUAGCGACAGAGACUUACGAGUGGCAAAAAACUGAUGAACUCCGAUCCAAUGAAGUACUUAUGGCCCAUCUGGUAGACCGCAGUUGUGGAUCAUCUGUGUGAGGGGUUUCUGUACGCAUGUUUCUAUUUCUGGUCACAGCUGCUGGAUAGGUAUACAAUUGGCUGGAUAGGUAUACGAUUGGCUGGAUGAAGGCAAAGUAAGCUCAAAACACUACUGUAUCAAUCUAUCCGCAUUCAAUGUCGUCUUUCCUCCAUGCUAUAUAUAUGCGUAUUUAUAUAUCAUGGCAAACGGGAGCUCACCGAUUAGGCUACGGAACUUGAUCCUUUCGUUGUUGCUUGUGGCUCAAAGUAGAACCCUCACGGUCAUUCGCACAGUGACUAGUAGCACAGGUGGAUAAGAUAACACCGAUUAGGCCGUAAUGACCAUUUAUGGGCUACUCGCAUCGUCGGCCACUCAGGGCCAACCACAAAUAUAGAUUUUCUUAGGACUUGCGUAUGACCGGAAGAAAUGGCCAUUCAGGUCUUCGUUGUCUUUGCUAGUACCGCCUUACAUAUACAGUAGAUGUGCUAUCUCAUGAAAUUUUAACCAAAAUUUCGAAAUGCGUUCUCGUUUCAAAAAGAUAACUUAAGUAGUGUUGUAAAACUGAUCAUGAUGCAGCAUAAAUCUAUAAUGAUCCAAUUACCCCAGGGUGUCGGCUUUCGAAUGAAUUUAUUUUCGGCUGCAUGCAAGAUCUUCACUCUGCAAAAUAUGACUACUUAGUUGGUAUGCGAUUUUAUCAUUGAUUUUCGAUGCCCUUGAAAAUUCAAUUAUAUUUCAUGGAAAACAUGCAUGAAAAUAUUCAUUCUUUUAUUUAUUCGGUAGGAAAUCACGUCUUCUUCCAAUUUCAUACUCAAAAGAAGAGUAUAAUUCGGUUUUUAAAAAAUUUCUAAUUGUGGGAUUUUUUAAUACCGUUAAAUGGCCGUUCAUGAAACGUCAUGUAUCUGCAUUUACGAAUGUGGCUUGUAAAGUUAACAAUAUUGCUUAAAUCCACUGCUUAAUUUUAUGAAACUUAUAUGAUCUCCUCUUAAUACCGUAGAGCAAUGUGUGGUUUUCAGUAGACGGAAAAUGUACCGCUUGUAGUUUUGAAACCCUGAAUGCAAGUGUAGGAGCAGGUCGGGUUCAAAAUUAUUCGGGAAUUGGAAAGGUUUUUUAAAACCGAAUUAUACUGUUCUUUUGAGUAUGAUAUUGGAAGAAGACGUGAUUUUCUACCAAAUAAGUAAAAGAAUGAAUAUUUUCAUGCAUGUUUUCCAUGAAAUAUAAUUGUAUUUUCAAGGGCAUCGAAAAUCAAUGAGAAAAUUGCAUACUACUUAAGCAGUCAUUUUUUGCAGAGUAUAGAUCUUACAUGCAGCCGAAAAUAAAUUCUUUCGAAAGCCGACACCCUGGGGUAACUGGAUCAUUAUAGAUUUAUGCUGCAUCAUGAUUGGUUUUACAACACUACUGAAUUUAUCUUUUCGAAACGAGAACGCAUUUCGAAAUUUUGGUUGACAUUUCAUGAGUUAGCACAUCUACUGUAUAUAUGUACUGCAUUUAUACGUACUUAUGGAAAUAUAUUAAAUGGUAAACACUGAACGACUCGCAUACUUUGUCCUCUUCCCCGUCUGCAACGAUAACGUGGUCGACGUCGGUCUGGCAUUCGAAUGCCUAUUCCUCAACUUAGCCACCCUUAAGGACCUUGUUUGCGCUCCUGAAACCAAUGUAUAUGCGUGUUCCCACUCUCAUUUCAAAAACUACUCGAUCUUUAGUGUCGGGAUGACAGGUUGCGAUGCAAUGAUGAAUUUCGGUCCGAUAAAGUGUUUAUGACCUGUCUGGUAGACACCGCCUAAGGACCACAUGUGCCGUGUGCGCUGGCCUGUCUGUGUUUGUGGUUUCAACUGCUGUUCAGGGAUAUAGGUGGAUAAACGAAGGCGGAAUAGGCCGGGACAGUGCCGUACCGAUCUACAUUCAAUCUCUGUCAUUCAGCUUUGCUGUUGUGUAUAUAUAAUUUUGCCCACUGCACAUGACGUAGUCAUCCUGAGAUACCGCAUGUUGAAAAAAGCCCUGAAACCUGCAUUUAGAUGUUUAAUGUUUCUUUACCAUUUAUUCUUACUUAAGCUAGGUAAAAAGUAGACUUUUACGGGGCAUUUAUGUAAACAUUCCAGUACUUCCGUCGACCUGAACGACUUUCGAUUGGGCUGACCAAAAUAUGAUCUAAAUCAUAAAUAUCAAUGAUGUACAUUCUGUUUAUUACGGCUGUCGACUAAAUCAAUUGCCUGUCGCAGGUCGUGUGUGAUUUCCCCUUAUUUUCUGUUCAGAUAAAACCUAUCGUGUGUCGUUAAACUGAAUAAACUCCUUAAUGCCUACUCAUGUUUUUUUGUAUUUCCAGGACUCUCUGGGGCCUGGCAAUUGUGACUGUUGUGUACGCACCCCUGUUGCUUGUUCUGCGCAACCCUCCAGGUAGCAAAGAGACUCAAGUAAAUCCCGCACAUUUUUUUUAAUUUUUCUAUGUAUCCCAGGUUAUGCAGCGCACCAACGGCUUAUGUUGCAAAUUAAUCGUGGUCAUUUUACAGAUGGAAUCUUGGGAAAAUCUGCUAACGUUUCGACAUUUUAAUGUUCAGCAGUAAAGUCGACUAAUUAAGGAUGAAAAAUAAUCUUACGGGCGAAGUAGCUGUAUCCAAAUUUGACCUGGUCGGCAGGAGGGUCCGAUCUGUCAGGCAAACACUGCAACGAAUUAAGUGACGGAAUUAAUAUCUGCACACCCACUCCUCACCUACACAAAACCAGUUACAAUUGGACGACCACAUUGAAAGCACUUAAAUGCUUUAUACUGAAAAGCCUAUCUCGCAUUUAAAAAUGAAGACCCUUUUGAUGAAGAAGUUAAACAGCUUGUCAAUAUAAGCUGCAGGUUAAAGAGGUGAUAUGCGCAAACCUGUCACAUGAAAUAAAAGCCGUGGUUCUGAAAGUUUGACUACGUAGAUGAAAUCAAAUUGUAUCUAUCAGCACUCUAAGCAUUCGAUCUAAAUAAACUCAUACGUUUUACGAGUUCGAACGUUUUUUCGUUUGAUUUGCCAAAAUUAAGGGUUUCUGCUCCUUCCGUGCGAAAAAAUACUUCAACAGCUUACGAAUGAAGGUCAUAAAGUAGCCCAGAAAUUGUGUCGUCUAUCUCACGAUCUGUUAACCACAAAUCAGAAGAGUGUUUUCAACUACAACAUAUUACUUAAGUGAGAGUUAGGCGUCGACCGUUGUGCAACAUAAUUUCAAGUAUUCAAGUCACGCCAGGCUGCCCAUGUUCAAAUAUAUUUUAUUGCUGCUGCCUGCAAUAACUGCAAAUAUCAAAACAUGGCAACGUACGUGGCACGACCCGAUGCACAGGUUUUCAUAAUCUAUAGUAAUGUAAACAUUUUAACGGAAACACGGGUACGAGUAUUUUAUCGCAUUCAUAUAAUAGCAAACCAUUUGCUCCCUAACUAUUUGAUCAAAUAGGGAAUAUAUCUGACCUUGUGAAAACACUUUUGCAUCCUCGAUCUGUGAUCGCACUGACGCUAUAGUUAUCAACCUUUUCAUCUACUAUUUUCGCCUUAUUGAAAAUCCUUCGUUUCCCAAUCUAUUUUUAAGAUGUGUUAUGUGUAUUAUAAGUAUGUCUUACUAAAUAUACACCACAAGUUAUAGUCCAUAAACACCAGUGGUAUCUAAACAGACACAAGUCUGUGUGAAUAAAUAUUUCAUUUUCUCAAAAGGCUCAUUAUUAAAAUGGGUUUUCUUUAAAUUAAAAGGCACUGUUUGAUCGGAAUUACAAUUUGCGAAAAACGUAGUUUAAAAACCAAUUAACAGCGAAAAAUUACAUAGUUAUUGCCCUCUAAAAUGUAGUUUAAUCCAAGAUGGCAUCAAAGCUCUACGAAAACGUCAGUCUGUUUAAGUUAUUAACUUGUUUCCGCGGAAUUGUUCUUAAUCGAAAACGCCUCCAGAAGGGUGGCUGACAUUUCAUAAGAUGAGCCAGAUGAUGAUCGUAUUGCGUCUGUUUAACAUACAUUAUCGAGUGUGAAGUGUAACUUAGAAAUAAAAUAUUUUGGACGGAUAAUCAGGAAAACAAAACUGCAGUUCAUCAUUCCCUCUGGUCAGCUAUAUUUACAAGGAAAAAACCCUUCCCGUAUUACGCAGAUAUAAGGAAUAUGGUUGGUUAAAACCUUAGGACCAAGUAUCUUGAAGACCAGGUUAUUCACUUGGUUAUUUUUAUGACACAUUUUGACCUUCGUUUUUUCAGGUGACGAAGGAAAGUCCGACUGAAACGCCAAGUGAUGAUGAGUUAUAGGCGACUACAAGAAGGAGAGCGACUACAAAGUCGAUGACUGCCGACGUUAAAAGGGCAAUAAUCACAAUCAAUCAAGUGAAUCCAACUUACAGCUUUUAAGACCGCGUGAAAAGGAUUCAAGCCUGACAGCGUUUAACUCUCCCUUUUCUGUAAAAAGAUUCUCGAUAAUUUUUUUGAUUUCUUGUUGUUUUUCGUUUUAUAAAAUGCGCCCUUCAAAGUAAUUCAUUUUCUCCUUAAAAAAGCCUUAACAUUUCUUUACUAAACAUAUUUUUAUGGUACUGCAUAACAGCAUAGGUGAAGUGUGCCAGAAAUCUCGCCAAAUGCUCUUUGCAUAGAAACUCGGGAACAUUAUUGACCUAGAUCUUUACAACGCAUUCAAAUGUAUUCAGUUAAAUAAAGUUCUCGAUCUUGCCAACAGGAAAAUCAGCCAGUAGUUACUUUAUGUUUGGCGGGACACAAAAUUUCUAUAAACGAUAUUUGGAAUCAUAUGUUCAUAUAAACAUUUUAACGAUUAUAGUUUAAAGAAAGGAUCGAUAAAAGACCAGCUACACGAUAUCGUUUUGGACUAGCUAAUGCCCACUUAGGGUAAGAUAAUUCCUAUUGACCCAACUGUGAAACAAUGGGCACCUCCGUGGAAUUCGGGCACAGGCAGUAAGGGGAAGACUUUAGUACAGCCAACGGCUCGGUCUUUGGCGUUCCAUCUCAACCCUUGGAGACUAUGAUAGUCUAAGAGAAGAAACAUGUGGACUGCAGGUCAGAUGAAACUGAGUUCGGAUGAAACAACAUGUAUGUAGGGCUAUAACCUACUCAAAUAGAUAACGUAGGUAUUAUUUCUAGGUAACGGAUUUUUUGGGUGCCAUCUCCCGAUUGUUACCCAGUCAACGCUCUAACCAUUUGAGAUACGAGGUCCGCCGGACAACGCGAGUUUAAUCACAUUUGGGUCAAAUUGCCCGCCCAUAACGUAGAUACAUAUUUUCCACAAAAAAGGGAAUUCUGUGAAGAGGCCUCGACUACGGGGCAAUAUUCAUGACGUUUUUGGUAUCGAAAACGUAUUGUGUCGGUUUCCGUCAUGACGUUCAAUGAGUUAUGUCAUAUACGGUAGGGCACACACCCUGUCAGUUAUAGUUUUCCCUGGGGGCAUACCUAGGAAUUCAUUGGUGCUGAAAGGCCACUUAUUAAGGAUGCUGGCCAACGCUCUAACCAUCUGAGCUAGGAGAGCUCGCAGAACGACGCCAGUUUAAUCCCAUUUGGGUCAAGUUACCCGCCCAACCUACUGCAACGUCUGGAAUUCACCAAAUAUGAUACAGUAAGUUGACUACCCAAGCAGGAUUUCCCAAGUAAUUUACCUAGAAUCCGCCAGAUGACAACCAGGCUCACCUAGUUCGUAGAUGUUUUGGCAGAUUAUGAAUAAUUCAUAUUGACUCAACUGUGAAAAUUUCGGCAUCUCGGUGCGAUUCGAAUCCACGCAGUAAGAGGAAGGCUUUAUUACAGCCAACGCGCUAACCGCUUGAGCUACGAGACCCCGACCGACGACGUGUGUUUAAUAAGAUAAUUGGCAACGCAACUUAGAAGCAAAAUGGGCGGUUUGAUUUAUCUCUCUAUGGCAUAUGCGUGUUUUAAAUAAAACUUCUAUCUUUACGCAAUCUAAAAUCUUUCAAACAGCACCUCGGGGAAAGCAAUGUCUGAAUGAUUUUCUUAAGACAAUGGGCUCUUCAGGAAGUCUACAUUUCCGAUUAGCUAAUAUGCGCCGAUUGGCAUGAAGCAGCUGAUAAAGAGAGAAUGCAGAAUUGCAAAAUAUGGCAAAUAAACGGGCCUGAAUUUGCGAAAGAAAAAUCUCGAUCACCGCCCACCGGUGGAGAUUUCGAACUCUCAGCUUCAGGUAGACUGCAGGGUCGAAAUAACUGGACACGUCCUCAGCAGUAUAGAUUUUUUUGCGAUACGGCUGCAUUUGCGAGGGAUGUGUAAACAAUGCAUGUGGGUCCAGUUACAAUAUGUCAAAUACAAGCAUUUAUAUAAUUCUACCGCCUGAUAACAACACGUCUGUAGCAGCGAACAGUACGUGAUUUCUGCAGUGCAAAUCGAAAUGCAGAGAAUACACGAAAUUUUGAAGCAUCGACGCAAAUAAACUGAUAAAAAUAGUGCCAGAUUGCAACGAACCGGAUCGAAACGGACAUUAUACAUAUUGCCAAUAGAAGCGAAGAGACGAGUCCCAGGAAACAGUCUUGAGGAAGAAGACACGAUCGCCGGGACAAGAGUUUUAUUAGUCUGACGUUCCAGAUCCCUGGUCGAACACACCAUCAGAGACAAAAACAGAUACGGGUGGCUCAUGCACAAGGGGCUGCAGUAUCUACAGGAUGCAGUCGCCAUGCUACAGCAUACCUAUACAUACUCACGACUCCCACCACCUUAUUCAGAGAACACUGCACGUGGUGUGAUAGUCGACAUUCGCGUCCUUAAUUAUUGCAAUUUCAUCAUGUGCGUUGGAUGUUGGUGUGAUGAUUGCUCGACCAUCUGAUCCACCGGCCAUGUCGUUGAGAACGGUGUUCACAUGUGCGUUUCCUGUGUGGCUAUUUGCCCUGCCUAGGCAAAGUCUCCGCACCGAGUAUGGAAGGGGACGGUCGUUGCACUGGUUGAUGGACUGGGAGCCAAUAAACCAUGAUUCAAGCAGCUCCCUGCCCAUGCGGUUGUCAUUUCUAGCGAGAAUUUCGGCCUCGUCGAAUUUGAAUGUGUGGCUGGAUGUCGUCUAAUAUGCCGCGUCAUUUCUCCUCACGGGUGCAGCGUGUUCGACAAUUUGAUUUCGAAGAUGUCUUCCGGUUUCUCUGACGUAGUUGCUUUGUCCGCGACUGCACCACAUCCGAUAAACGACUCCAGAUGUUUACUGCCAUGUCAAUGAGCCUUUUGUUUCCAUUAGCUGACGCCUGAUAGUUGCCAUCGGUGUGUUUGCAACUCCAGCUUUAAGUGGAGUGUGAAGGUGGCCGGCAGCUCUCAGAACCCUCUUGACACACGGGAGCGCUCGCCAAAAUGUGGUGUCCGUGCGGUUUUGACUAUGAUUCCUUUUGUAUAUCCACUGGUUGUCCCCGUUGAGCGGGUACCCACUGGCUUUGAAGAUCCGUCGGAGUUACUGUAGUUCGGUAAUCUUAUCGUUCGGCUAGAUGCAGUGCGUUCGAACAAGCCGAUAGGACGUCCUUACACAUUUGCGUUUGUGGCUGAUUGGGUGGUUGCUGUUGAAGUUCAGUACUUGCAUCGUAUUUGUCGCUUUCCUGAACACUUCGGUCUUUAGUCCACCACAAUCUUUGUGGCAUACGAGGACAUCCAGGAAGGACAGCUGGCUAUUCUCGUCGUCCUUUAUCGUACAAUAUAUGUCCGGGAAGACCGCAUUCAAAUGCUCCUUGAAUGUUGGCAGUUGAUCCCGGUUAAUAAGGACAAAUCUAUCAUCCAGAUACCGGGCCCAGAAUUUCGGUCUGUGGUGUUGAAAGACCAGUGACUCUAUUCGUUGCAGGAAUCCCAAAAUCGGCGAAGCCAAUGGUGUGCCCUCCGCCUGCUCGUAGAUUGUCCCGUCGAAAUUGAAGUACGUCAUGAGACAGAUUUUUAGGAGCUGAAUGAUUUGUGCGCGUCCAAGACGAUUCUCCGUUCCAUCGUGUUUGCUUUGUAGAAGCAGCCCGAUUGACUCAGUUGCCAGGUCCUGAUUUAUAAAAGUAAAUAUGGGCCUAACAUAAAAAGAUGCCAUGAACCUAGUUGGAUGGAGUCUUACCCCAUUGUGUUUGUCCAGUAAUUGUGCUGACGAAGAGACCGUAGUGUAUAAGUCAGCGGUUAGGAACUUGGGACGCUGGAACGGUUACUAAGCCCAUCCGUACGUUAGAGUAGCUUUGAAUGACACGAUUAGUUUGGAGAGAAGCGAUCUCCUUGUGCACCUUAGGGAGGUCAUAGAAUCGGGAAAAAGCCGUAUCUUUGGGUCUCGCCAUGCGUCUGUCGAUGGGUGUUAUCGCACGUGAGUUCUCCAAGACCGACAACGGAGCAGUGAUUUAGCAUGUCGGCGCUUUCAGCGGGUUCGUUGCACAUGGGACAUAGAACUGUCGGUCCUCAAGUAAACGCUUGGCUAUUUUACGGUGUUCUGUCCUGUCCAAUACAACCAUGGAGUGCCCCUUGCCUACUGGCACGAUGACGAAUUCCUUGUAGACUUGAGUUCUCUGUGAGCAACAUCAUCGACCUUGUCGACUCUGCGGCUCACUCAAUGAGAUCCGGACACACAUUCAAAUUCGACGAGGCCGAAAUUCUCGCUAGAAAUGACAACCGCAUGGGCAGGGAGCUGCUUGAAUCAUGGUUUACUGGCUCCCAGUCCAUCAACCAGUGCAACGACCGUCCCCUUCCAUACUCGGUGCGGAGACUUUGCCUAGGCAGGGCAAAUAGCCACACAGGAAACGCACAUGUGAACACCGUUCUCAACGACAUGGCCGGUGGAUCAGAUGGUCGAGCAAUCAUCACACCAACAUCCAACGCACAUGAUGAAAUUGCAAUAAUUAAGGACGCGAAUGUCGACUAUCACACCACGUGCAGUGUUCUCUGAAUAAGGUGGUGGGAGUCGUGAGUAUGUAUAGGUAUGCUGUAGCAUGGCGACUGCAUCCUGUAGAUACUGCAGCCCCUUGUGCAUGAGCCACCCGUAUCUGUUUUUGUCUCUGAUGGUGUGUUCGACCAGGGAUCUGGAACGUCAGACUAAUAAAACUCUUGUCCCGGCGAUCGUGUCUUCGUCUUCGCGACUGCUUCCUGGCAUUCGUCUAUUCACUUUUACUGGUCUUACAAAUUCCAUUAUCUUUUGUAAAAUUAAUGCACAAAUAUAUGCUCUCUUUUACGCAUUUUGCAGAAAAUAACAUUCUCUUCAUUGUUUUUGUACCCGGAGAUUAUGUGUAUUGCGGUUUUAAAUAAGUUUACUAUCUGCCGACUAAUUUUGAUUCUGAUCUGCCAUUCAUUGCCGUUUAGCAUUUUAUGUCUAUAUAUGGUCUAUAUUUACAAACAUGUUUAUGGUUCAGGUUUUGGCCGAAAGGAUAAUCAUAUACCGCUCUAUCCUUAGAAAGAUACCAUCUAGAGUUCAUGGAAUUUUUCAACGGAUCCCGAAUAUGUUGUACAUUUCAUGAGGAGCAUUGGUAAAUAGACAUGUGCAGUCCUGUAUGCCUAGAUGUUACACGGUCUUAAAAAUCUCAUAAUUAGGAAUUUUUUAAAAACCCAAAUACACUCUUUUUCAUGUAUAACUUGUGAAGAAAAUGUUAUUUUCUACCAAAAAAGUGAAAUAAAGCAUAUGGUUAUGCACAUUUUCUAGAAAGUAUCUUUGAAUUUAUAAGACCAUCGAAAAUAAAUAGGACAUAUGCGUGCUACUUAUGCAGUCAUUUUUCACCGUGUGCGGUUCGUGCAGGAGGUCAAAAAUCGGUUUAUUCGAAAGCCGACAUCCUUUUGAAUCCGAAAAGCCAUAGGCUUACUUUGCAUGCUAGUCAAUAUUACAACCUCACCUAGUUACUCCUUUCUAAUCGAAAGCACACUUCAAAAUAUCGACCAACAUUUCAUGAAAUCGGUCAUGCACUGUAAAUACAUAGUGGGACAGAUUGACUCGUCUAAUUUCUACUCUGAUUGGCAAAUUUGAGACAUCCGGGUUGUUGAUUUGAAGAAGUCGAGAAAGACCUACUGAAUCGAGCCGCAGAAAAUCCGAAGUUAUUCUAUGGUUACAUAAGAAGAAGCAGACGAAACAGAGAUCCAAUCCCGUUACUGAAAACUAGUGACGAUCUAGAACUCAGUGAAGACCGAGAAAAGGCAGAGCACCUUUCACAAUUUUUUAAGUUCAUCUUUACGAAGGAGAGCACAUUUCUCCCUCCCGACUGCGACAUAGUGGACGGGCCAACAAUCGAGCACGUCUCUUUUGCCGAAGCUAUUGUUCGCAAAGUACUGUUGACGCUGAAUGAGUCCAAAUCACCUGGGCCGGAUGACAUACCGCCGAAAUUGUUGAAGGGGCUUGCUGGAGAAGUAUCUAAACCGCUGUCCAUGCUCUUCCAAGCUUCAUUCGAAGCAGGCUACUUGCCCGCCGAUUAGAAAUCCGCGCGGAUCACGCCAAUUUAUAAAGGCGGCAGUAAGGUCUUAGCAAACAACUACAGACCAAUCAGCCUUACUUCAAUUUGCUGCAAAAUUAUGGAAAAAAUAAUUAAGCGAGAAAUAAUGCAUUUCCUAGAAGAGCAUAAUCUGCUAUGCGAUGCCCAGCACGGAUUUCGUGGAGGCAGAUCAUGCGUGACAAAUCUACUUUAUUGUUUAGAUCGCUGGACCCGGGCAGUCGAUGGCGGCAAUGCAGUGCACGCAGUCUACGUCGACUUUAAGAAGGCAUUCGACAAUGUACCACAUCAGCGUCUCCUGUACAAAUUAAGCCGGAUAGGCAUAAGGGGUAAUCUCCUGAGGUGGAUACAAAGUUUCCUGAUCGGUCGCUCUCAAAUCGUCCACGUCGGUGACAGGCAGUCGGCGGAGGUAGCGGUUGAAAGCGGUGUUCCGCAAGGCUCCGUUCUUGGCCCUACCUUAUUCAUUAUAUACGUCAACGACUGCGUCAGUGAACUGAAUUGUGAUGUCGCCAUGUUCGCUGAUGAUGUUAAACUUUGGAGCGUCAUCCGAACUGAAUUGGACGAAGAGCGCUUGCAGGAAGACCUGACCCGACUCGAGAAAUGGUCACAGGACUGGCUUCUGCCGUUUAAUGUGACUAAGUGCAAUGUUUUGCGAGUCGGCAGGACCCGAUCUCAAAGCCGGAGGGUUUACUACCUAAAUGGCGUACCACUGCAGGAGGUAGACGGCUUCUCUAAAACCGUCGCUCCACUGCUCCAAGGUAGCCAAGUCUGCGAUGUCAGUCCUUUAUCUUGUCAAGAGAGCUUUCUCUAGCUUCGAUGAGGACUGCUUCGUUAAAGUCUUUCGGACUUUCGUACGGCCACAGCUAGAGUUCGCUAUUCAGGCGUGGAAACCCUGGACCUCUAAAGAUCGCAGCAUCCUUGAGAAAGUCCAAAGGCGGGCGACCAAACUAGUAAGUGGACAGGGUUCACUACCCUAUGAAACACGUUUGUCCAAUCUCGGACUUUUUCCACUGAGUUACAGACAGCUAAGAGGCGACCUUAUACAAACAUUCCGUAUACUGCGCGGCCACGACUGCUGUCUUGUACCUGCUGAUUUCUUUGAGUUAGCGACCACAACGAACCUCCGAGGUCAUCCACUUAAGCUACGCGUAACUGGCGCCAAGCUGGACAUUCGGAAGUUCUUCUUUUCAAACAGAGUGAUCGAGGCCUGGAAUGAUCCGCCUACAGAUGUCGUCAUGUCCACCUCCGUCGAGGCUUUUAAACGCAGGUUGGACCAGUUUACCACCAAACGUCAUAAUGCCACCUGACCGACAACGUCUAGCAUUUUGUUCGAGCAGUUUGUUAAUGUUGUUAUAUUACUGCUUGUAUUUCAGUAACGUUUGUUUUUUAUUAUUUUCCAAUGUCUGUUGAAUGUGUGUUGGCAUCUAUAUCGUCUCCCUCAGAAACUGAGAUAGCACCAACUAUCCAUAGACAGACUACUGUACAGCACACUUAGUAACGUUAAUGUUUUUAACUCUUGGAACAAUUCGUUUAUCUGUCUGGUUUGAAAACUUUACCAAUCUGAAGACACUCUGUAGCUGUUUGAUGUUUCCAUUUCAACUUUUUGAUAUAGUUCGCUUCCUUGUAACAAAUAGGGAGUUCAUAGGUUCAACACCUAUAUUUCCCUCAAAUAAACUGAACUGAACUGAACUGAAUAUUGAUAGGUAUGCGGUAGCAUGGCGAUCUCAUCCUAUAAAUACUGCAGCCCCUUUUGCAUGAGCCACCCGUAUCUGCUUUCGUCUAUGAUGGUGGGUUCGACCAGGGGUCUGGAACGCCAGACUAAUAAAGCUCUUGUCCCAGCGAUCCUGUAUGCUUUCUAACGACUUUUGCUAUCAUUUUUUUUCUAAUUAGCAAUGGUCUCAGGCAUUUAUACGGUCAGAAAGCGUCAUAGUUUACUUUUUAGCAUCUUGCUUAGAAGUGCCUAUAAAUAAACUUUUGUCAUGAGUGCUUGAGAUGCUCCGCAAUAUAAGAGAAGAUAAAUUGCAUUUAUAAACCUACUAGUCGUCGAUUUGCAUCGGUUUAUUAGGCAUCUUAAAUAUAAGGUACCGUUCUACGACUAUCAGUAUGAGAGUUUUGGGAAGUGAUUCAGUAAACGUCCCCAAGUACAGGUGUUGCUGCAGUAGUCUGGGCGAAACUGUUUGUCUCAGUGUAUGUAGGACAUAUUUGUAGGCAUUGAACAACUGUUUAUUGUCAACCGGUUGCGAUGUACUUAUAGUGAAAUUACGAGGUUUUUUUUCGGCAGAACCAUGCACGUUUACCGGGCGUUUUCCUUGGUGCCGAAUUUACGUAAAAGUAGGCGGGCCUUCCAUGCAUCACCUGCUUUAGCAAAUCUGACGCCGUAAAGUUUGGCCAACGUGUGAACCAAGAACCGAAUUCACAUCUGAUUCCGGAUCAUAGGUAAACUCAGGUAUGCUGGAAGCAACUGCGUCCACGGACGUGAAAUGCUUCCCAGGGGACGCUCGAACAGAAAGGUGCAGACUGAACUUUUACAUCCUGGACUCCAUCAUCUUUAUAUGGGCUGCUAUAAAUUGAGCCUGAUAUUAUUGCAGGAUAGACAGCAGCUGUUUCGCGGAAAUGGACAUUGUGAGUUUUGUGUCGCCAAUUUGUUAUGCUCUAGGCAUAACGCUUAUCUAGUGGCCCCGCUUACAACUCUUGACAAUCGAAUGCCCCAGAAGAGAACUUAAGAGAAAGUGACUGAAGAACACACUUCUAUUGCUGAGCUCCUAACAGCAAAAUCUGAUGAUUAAAAGGUAGAGGCAGAAUGUCCAACAGUGGACUUCAGUUGGGCCAAUCAGAUCAUGCCCUUGACCUGUUUGCAUGUGGACUUUCCUGCUGAGAUAUCUGAGAGUCUCGGCGCCCCUCCAAUCUUGCCGUUGGGUGGCUCGAUUGCAACACGUGCAAACCCUGCGGGCAGGUCGAUAGGACGGCAUGUACGUGCGUCGUUAGAAGGGCAUGGGAAAGAGUCUGUUAUGGUGGUCCCUCAAAACACCGGAUACCUCUUCGGACGAGUCCUGUGGCCUCCUACCCCAUGCUUCUACAUCUCCCUCACACUCUGUCCCUCCCGACCGUCUAUUCCCUGUCUUUUUAUGCCUGUUUCAACCAACCAGGUAUUCCACAUCAAACUUAGCCACACCAAUUCCAUGACCAUCUCACCCUCCUCUUGCCCUUCCCGUAUUUGUCACUCCCAGUGGGGGCCAUCUCCGUGUCUCUGAAUGUGCUGUUACUCAUAUAGGUUAGACUUGUUUAUAUCCUACAACGUCAUUUUUCGCCGCCAUGCAGUCACGAAACUGGGUAUUGUACCGAGGUACUAGUCAACAGCCGACAGACCAGCCACCAUACAUGCCUCAGACGUUGCACUUGUUGAUGGACUGAGUAAACAAUGACUUAAGCAGCUACUUUGUUCAUGCGUUUGUCAACUCAAGCGAGAAUUUCGGCCACGUCGAAUUUGAAUUUGUGGCCGGAUCUCGUCGAAUGAGCCGCAACUUGAGUAUAGGCGUCAUUUCUCCGCACAGCUGCUGUGUUCGGCCAUUCGCGUUCGCAGUUGUCUUCCGGUUUCGCCAACGUAUUUGCCUUGUCCGCAACUGCACCAGAUCCGACAAAUGACUCCACACGUUUACUGCCAUGACAGCGGACAUUUUGGUUUCAUAAGUUGACGCCUGAUGGUUGCCUCUAGUCUGUUUGCAUUUCCAACCUCAAGGGGUUUGUGAAGGUGGUUAACAGCUCCCGAAACGUUCUUGACAUGCGGAUGCGCUUGCAAAAAUAUGAUGUCCCUGUGGUUUGGCCUUUCGUGCCCUUUGUGUCUUCACCGGUUGCCGAAUUUGCGCGGGUACGCAUUGGCUUUGAAUACCCGUCGGAGUUAUUGUAAUUCGGCAAUUCCGUCUUUCUGCUCAUUGCAGUGCAUUUCGUCACGCCGAUAGAGCGUCCAUAUACUAAUUAUUGGGUGGUUGCUGGUGACGUUUAGUUUUUGCAUUGUAUUUGUCGCUUUCAUGAACAUUUUGGUCUUUAGUCCACCACAAAAUUUGUGGCAUACGAGGACAUCCAGGAAGCCAAGCUGGUUGCCCUCUUCCACCUCCAUCGUAAAUUCUAUGUUCGGGAAGACCGCAUUCAGAUGUUCAUUGAAUGUCAGCAGUUGGUUCCGAUCGAUAACGACGAAGGUAUCAUCCACCAACCCAGCUCAGAAUUUCGGUCUGUGAUGUUGAAAGACCAGUGGUUGUAACCGUUACAGGACCGCCUCGGUAAUGAACUCUGAAACCGGCGAACCCAUUGGUGUGCCCUUCAUCUGUUUGUAGAUCGUCCCGUCGAAGUUGAAGUACGUGCUGAGACAGAACUUCAGGAGCUGAAGGACUUGGGCGCAUUUAAUACGAUUCUCUGUUUCAUCGUGGUUGCUUUAUAG